GAGGUUCGGAUUUUGGUUUAUAUAUUUUGCUAAUGCGUGCUAAAGUAAGGUGACCAGAUAUCUGUAAUUAAAUCCGGGGACAUUCGGUGCGGCGGUGGUGGGGUGCAGGGGCUUUGUGAUCACAGACAACAUCUCAGUACUAUUUAGUAGCAGCGCAUGCCCCUUGUAAUAACCCCUGAAAACACUGUAGUUCAAGACUGCUUACUUGUGCUUCCUACCCAUUCUGCUACUGUAAUAACCGUUGUUCGAGCCCACACGCAACAUUUUUGUUCUCAUUCAUGAAACGCUUAAAUCGGGGACAUUUUCGGGGACAGCUUUUGCUGGGGACAGGUCAUCCAACUCGGGGACUGUCCCCGGAAAUCGGGGACAUCUGGUCACCUUAUCCUAAAGGCUAAAAAUGGCAGGUACUAAACCAUAUAUUUUUGACCCUGAGUCCGCGUCCGAAGGAGGUGAAAGUUGCAGAAGAAGCCGGAGAGCAAAAGAACUAAUUUCUGUGCUCCAGCGGUGUUUUCUCAUUCAUUCUGCCCAGAUUUAAGCUCAUUUUCCCAGCAGUGAACCCAAGGAAACCCUGGUCAUUUGGAAGAGACCCAUAGCAGAUACAGUGGUAGCUGGGUCUCGCUCUGGCUGGAGAGUAGUGAUGACUGACUGAGUACAAGAACAAGAGAGUGGGCGCGGCUCACUGAGGGCGCGCUCAUGAAUAAUAAUGAGCAAGGUCAGCUUGACGUCAGAAUGAGCUGCUUUUUCAAUAGGCCUGGUUUACCCGUUUCUUUAUUUUAAAUCCUUACAGAAUGCAAAAGAUGUAACAGUUUAUUUUCACAUUUACAACAUAAGACGAACAUAAUAUGGACCUAAUCUGACACACAAAAAUGCAAAAAAUACAUUUUUGGAGGCAGGUCCCCUAAUGAUGUUAUUUCUGUUUACUUUAAUAGAGAAAAAUAAGCAGAGAAUGCAAACAAUAUUAUAUGUGUGAACUAUGGCUCCAAUAUAAUUUGAUAGAAACACAGUGAAGCAGGAUGAGUUAACCAGCCCCUGGUAAUGGAUUUGAAAAGUGCAUGUAGUGAAAGUUAACCCCCCUCACUAACACAUAAACACACACUCAUACACACGUAAGCUGGUCGCAGCUGGGCUAGUACCCUGACAAGAGUUUGACAGAUGGUCCAAUGGGAGGCUGGAGAGGGAGGGAGGGAGGAGACAAGGGCUGAAGAAAGGGAUGGAGGGAGGAUGGAGAGAAGGGGACAAUGCUAAUGCAUGCAGAAGUGUGUGUGCCUGUGUGCGUGUGUGUGUUUGUGUGUGUAGGAGGGGGGUCAUCUGUUCCUGAAAGAAAGAAUAAGAAUGGGCUGUAAACCUCCUGGGAGGCUAUGGUCCUGCUGACACUGCAUGUGCACAUACAUGGAUGUUUAAAAAUGUGUGUUUCCAGACACACAUAUAAACACUGAAUAUAAACAACAAUUUUAUCCUAUUUUUUUCCAAUAGUAGUUCAUCGUUUUUAUGACUGUAAUUCUAGCAGAAAAAUCAACUCUCAUCUAAAGAACCCGGCAGCAGCUUCCAUUCAUGAUGAAUGGGGCAAUAAUUGGAUCACCUGGCUGUACUUCAUUAAGUACACUGCUCUCUGAUUGGUUGAAGUUUUAUAAUGUCACCAGCAUCUCUGUAUUUCUUUUAAUUUAAUUGGAGCUUCAUUCAAUGUCCAGGCAGAAGCCCCGCCCACAAGGGUGCCAGUCAAAUUACUCGCAUUCUGACCACGCCCACUCUUCGCCUCGCCUCCUCGCACUCGCUGGCUGCACCCUUCCGAACCCCCCUCGUGUGAGCCUGGUAGAAAGGCAGAAUAGUUUCGGUUGAUUUCCGGUUAUACCUGUCAAAAUAAAAGUCUUUUGUUUGAUCUACGGUGAAGUCAGGUUUUUGGCUACUUUUGCACUUUUGAUUUUUUUCCAAAAAAAAGAAAGUUAAAUUUGCUGUUUACAGAUUACACUGACAUAUCUUGAUUUGAUGAGGGAACUGCUCAGUAUCUGUUUUACAGACAAAUAUGGUCAAGAAAUCAUAGGAGAACAUGAUCCUUCUUGAUUUCUCAUUGGGGUAAAUUUGAGCGAUUAUAGGAAGUUACAAUGAUAAAGGUAAAUAAAAAAUAAAUAUCGAUAUUAUGUCAAGGUUCCAGAGUAUGGAGGAAGAUCAGAGAGGCCCAAGGCCCAGGUGCUCAAAGUCCAGUGGGAUGUUUCCACACUUUGUGAUGAUCAGGGGUGCCAUGCCUUCCGCUGCUGUUGAUAUACUGUGUUUUAUCAAGUCCAGAGUUGGUGCACCUUAAAGUCUACCUGGAGGAUCUUAGAGACCUUAAUACUUCAAACUGCAGUGAAGCUUUAAGGAAGAUGUUGGUUAACUUAUGUAACAGGACUUAGCACCUGCUCACAGAACCACUACUGCUAUCAAAUGGAUAUGCUGAGUAUCAUUUCAUGUACUUUAAUUUUAAACGCAGACUAUUAUAUUACUUAUUUACUUAAAAAAAAUGGGAGGCAGCGCUACAGGCUGAUCACCUCAAUGCCACACCUUACCUUUUUGCUUUAUCAAAGAAAAUGUUUAAACAAUGUGAGACCUGAUCUGUGAGUUUCAUGAGCCAUAGGCCAAAAUAAUCAAAAUUUAAAAAAAGGAAAAUUUCUCUUCAUAAAAUGAUCAUAUGAUAUGAAAGUAGAUCUGUAUUCUUACCAGAUUACAGGGAAAAAAGCUCUUUUAUGACAUGUUAAUUUUUGGGAAUGCAUGAUUAUGUCAAGCCAUUAUGUGCUUUGCCUGAUCGAACAGUGUGCAAAAUUAUAAAGAAUCAUAAUUUUUUUUUUUUUUAAAGUUUGUUGAGAAGUAUGCUUUUAUUUUGAAGGUAAGACAUUAUUUUCCUAAAAUCGUGUUGUGAAAUGUGUGAACUUGACGUAACUUCCUGAAAGAUUGACAGCUCACACCGCUCUCUCGAUUAGUGGAAGAAGCGCGAGCCCCCGUUGUUUGAGGAACGCAAUUACAUCUCACGUCUCCUACUGAUUUUUCUCGGAUUUAUAUUUUGUACUUUUGAGGAAGUUUACCAGAAGACGCGCUCGGUUUGGAGUUUAUAAGAAUCAGCGGGGAAUGAAAGUAAAGCGGACGCAUCUAACAAAGUAACAGAGGAGGAGGUAGACCUGUAUGUUUGAUGGCUGCUGGGGAUGGAGCCCAGCUGCCGGCCACCGUAGCGGCCAGCCGGAGCGUGGAGAAGGCGCUCGAGGAGGCUGCCGCGAGCGGGGCUCUCAACUUAUCCAACCGAAAACUGAAGGAGUUUCCCCGCAGUGCCAAGAACUACGACCUAUCCGACAUCACACAUGCAGGUUUGUUCAAUUUUCACUCUUUUCUUUAACUCUUUUCUUUAACACGAGCGGGCGUGCUAUUAUCACGAGAACCUCCUUUUGUUUUAGCGACACCUGCCCCUUUCUUCUAACGGGGAGGCGUCUGUACCGAACCUCGACUUCUUUUCAUGGAUCUUUUUUAAAAACCACCCCGGUUUUGGUUGUCACGACUGAAGUUGGUUUUCAAUGUAUUCUUUCUCUUUAAAAAGUCUUACUUUUUAAUUCGGCUAAUGUAUAACCAUCUUUGCUGUUGCCAUUUUAUUCUUAAAAGUGGAUGUUUGGCAUUAUCAGUCUUACAUUAGUGCUGCUAUUAGCAUGCUAGAAUUCAUUCUUUUCUGAAUAGAUGUUCCUGCUUGUGUGACUUGAAAGUUGGGGCGUAUUUUAUGAGGUGUUUAUAGUUACUCUGUUGGAACCAAGCCAUAUGAAAUAGACCUUUUUUCAAACAGCCAUGUCGUGUUUAAGUUUUCUUCAAAGAGAAAGGAAGAAAAUGCAAGUUCCUCUUCCUCAUCAUAUCCUCCCAUGAGUUUUAAACCCUGUACAUGUUUGUCUUUGAGUCAUAGUUCAAUGUUAUAGUAGGUUUGAUAGUUUUCUUGUGUUUUUCCACUGUAACAACACCUUAUGCAAAGCUACUAGACUACCAAGAGUUGCGAAAUCUAGACUAGAUUAUGUAAGAGGGGCUACAGAGUUCUCAAAACAGUUUCAGACUGGCAAAAAUAGAAAAGAGGUCAAUUUUGUUGCCCCCUUUUCACCUCCAGACCACAUUAAACCAGGCCCUGAUCUAGCACCACAUUACCAAGACUCUUCAGACCUGGACUGAAUUAUUCAGAUGUGCUACUGACUCUUUAAAACCCAGUCAGAGAUUUGUCACACCCUUCUUCCUUAUGUGACAGCACAAAAAAGGGAGACUUCACAGUUUUCUUUGAAUUAAUAAAGGCUUUGUGAAUUUAAAGCUUUCUUUAAGAGCUAUAGAAAAUCCAGCCCAAAUUUGAUAAGUGGUUUUGGACCAGGAGGACUUUGUGUCUGUACCUUUUCCUUGAACAGCCGUAUCAGAAGCUGCGAUUAAGAUGCUAACUUUGGUGUUCACUGUUAGUGCGUGUCACUUACUUUAUCCCAUUGUUGCAGCGGGACAUUAAAACAACAGCAGGGGGGAAAACCUUAAAGUAGGUGUGUGUGUGAUUGUGCAGAUUAAAGGGAACUACACUUUGGCCUUGUCUUAUUGAAAAGAGGAUUAGCCCAUCCAGGUUGCUGAAAUCAAUCCGCACAGACUUGAAGCAACACCCCCAUGUCUAUCUCUCCUCCUCUGCUGCUGAGCACAGCUCUCUGUGCUUUUCUAAUUAUGACCAUCUGCUCAUAACAACCCAGGUCUAGGCCCUAUGGGAUGACGAGGCCUUGAACAUACAUAAACACACACACAGGCACCUGCUGCAGGGGAAGCCCAGCUCUAAUGACUGUGGAAGUGAUGAUGAAUGUAUCUCAUACCUGCAGUAAUAUCUCCUGAUUGAGAUGUGUUUGUCCAAGUGCAGGUUCUUGGAUAAACACAUCAUAUCCAGCUCAGCAUGGUGGUAAAUGAUACCACUGUGUGUCUCUGUCCACAGCACAGGGGUUGGUAUCAUCUUGCAUAUUGGGAUGUGUAGGAUGCAGAGCUGCAAGUCAGGGUAUCUCUGCUCAUGCUGUGCCAAUUUUGGCUCCCUGGAUUUAAAAUUAGUUUUGCAUGAGCAGAAACCACAAAAGAGGCUCCGGAAGGUUUUGAGGGUUUCAGGAAUCCUUGCAGGAAAGCUUACAGGGGAAUUCUGGUAUGUGACAGGCUCAGGUUGUUAUUCUUGGUGUCUGACAAUAUUAGAAAAAGCAUCCUCGCACACAUAGAGCUUUCUUUGUUGAGGAUAGAUCCCUUUUUAUCCAGAAACAGCACCAUUGUCAAUCUCUUCAAAUUCACCAGACUCCUUUGACGAUAGUUUAACAGCGCAGAACACAGGAGUUGUUAGUCUACCACUGUUUUAAGGGUUUAUUUGGGAAACUGCACAACUUAAGAGGUUUCAUCCUUCCUCUGUAAUGAGAAAUUUUGGGGGCAAUUAGACUUUAUUUGUUCGGAAAGCUCGAAGAGAGACUGUAAGAGAGAGAUUUAGCAGCACUGGUCCAUCGGCAAACAUAUUAAGUGAAGAGAGAAAACGCCGAUGAACAAAGGAGUAAAGCUGAAAAGUUAGAAGCUAUUUUACAGUUUUUUUACAUCUUCACAUAAAUUUGCAGGAAGCUGCUGGACUUGGUUUGCUUACUGCUGAAGUUGUGUGUCUUUGCUCUGCCCUCUGUCACAGCCACUAUCAUGCGAACUCUCACCACUUAUUGGUUGGAAAUACCAAUCGAUCCCUUAGCAUGUCAUGCUUGUUGACAGACUCCGCUGCAAGCCAAGUGAACCAACCCAAUAUAAGAGAAUAUUAACUGGUGCUUUAUUUGAGUUUAACACAAUAACACAUUGAUUCACAGAAACUAACAGACUGAGACAGUGGUAAACCUUCUGCAGGGCUGAAAUACUGUUUCAGUCAGUGGAGUCUGGUUGUUUUUAAGAGAGCAGUGGUGCAGUUCAUCCACAUUUGCCUGAAGGAGCUUUUACAGCUGUUUUAAACAAAAUAUGUAACAAUUUGGACACCAGUUAAAAAAAUAUCGGAAUGAAUUUCCGGGGUGUUUCUGCUCCUCCUGGACCUAGCAUGUUGAAAUCUGAGGAACAGAUUAAUUUCUACAAAAUUAUUGUGGUUUAAUUUGAGCUUUCCACAUGUCAGAGAUCCAGCAUAGAGUGUUUGAUAGCUUACAGUGUUAAAAAUGGCUCAGCGGAUGCUUUGGUUUGGACGACAACAUUAAUUUAUUAUCUCUGCAUGAGCUCACCUGUCGGUUCUACUUUGCGAAACACAGCUGGUGUCUGUAUUUUUAGUGCCACCUACAGUUUUUCCUAAAUCUGUCCCUGAAGUUAGUUAGUGACAGACAUUUUGACGUGUCAGGUACAGGUAAUUACAUUAAUUAGUGCUGCAGGCCCCUCAGGUGUUCCAUUUUAAUGGGUCCUGCUGUGGUCAGUGCUGGAUCAGACUUUUAAUGGAAUGUAGAUGUUAUGAAUCAGACUGGAUGGACAAAUACUUUCUGAUGUCACUGGAAACUAUUUGACCUUUAAUCAAAUAGUUGCCUCCCUUCUGUUUGGUACCUCACCCUCUGUGUAUACUUAUGGUAAAUUAAUAUUAUGAUAAUUUGACCCAGAAGAGUUAGCGUCGGACCUCACUUUUUUGAUGUCUGCCUGUCUACAAUCGCUUCCUCUUUUGUCACUGACUAACAGCUGCAUGCAUGAACUAUUUAAUGUUUAAAAACUAUACUGACAUUACCGCUCCCAUGAAAGCAAGUUUCGCUUCUCGAUGGCAGGUGUUUUUUUGUAGUGUUGAAUGAAAUGCUUCCAAACUUUAGAAACUUUGACCCAAUGCCAAAGAUGUUGCUUCAGUUGCUGAUUCGUUGCUGUAACUUCUCUACCUGUUGCCGUUUUGCAUGUGCUUCACACAGCAGAGAUAGUGAGAAUCAGAGAUGUCUCACUUCUUGGUGUAUUUUUUUGCUGUUUUGAUUACUUGUUCCUGUCACUCUCAGCAAAGAUAGAAGGAAGCCAAGAGGUCUCACUCUUUAAGGAUUCUCUCAAUGACUUUUUAAUUAAUCUGCGUCUAAGGUCGUGUUCACACCUAAAAGUCAGUUUCCUGAUUUGAAUCAAAGGCAAGACGAUACAUUUGUUUUGAUUGUUUAACUGGUCCGGUUUGCGUUCACAAAGGAGAAACUCAAUCGCUCCAGAAAACGGAACCAAAAGUCACAUUCCAGAGUAGACGUGCUGGAAACAACAGAUGGAUAAAGACAACAUGGCGACAGGCAUUAAUGAGAGCCUACCACGAUGCGUAUUCUCUCUGGUGUCAAUCGGGACAAGUAAGGUGAGCGGAAAACAUUUAUUUCACAACGUUCCACUACGUGGUGCGUUUCCUGUGAUUGGUGUGGAUGACGUUCACACCAGAAAUGAACCGCUCCAGAGUUCAUUUGAUAGCAGUCCGAAACCACCUCUUCAGGCGGACCAGAGUUCAUUUAUUUGGUCCGCACCAGAGUUCGAGGUUAGUGUUCACACCGACCCAAACAAACCGCACCAAGGGGGUAAACACUCCAGGGUUCGGUUCAACCAAACUAAAUGAGGGUGGUGUGAAUGCGCCCCAACUUUACCAUUGAUUUUUACCAAUCAAAUCAUUGCUAUGACAAAUCAUUGCACUCUUAUUAGUUGCAGUUGAGACUCUCCAGGUGUCUUAAAAGACUCUUGAUUCAUGUUCUCAUCCUCUAAAACAGAGAAAAACAUCCACACUGGUGACGCCAUGGCAUCGCUCUUCUGCUUGUUCUCUCUGUAUGUAUUAUGUGAGUUUGUUAUAUUAAACAUAAGAACCAGUGUCUGCCCAGAUUUGCAUUUGUGCAGCCCUUAGGAAGACGCUGAUGAGCUGUAUUACUUUGAAAUGACUGAAUGAGUGAAAGUCAAGCAAAGAGGUAUACAUAAAAGACUCCAUCGGGGAUGUGUUUAUUGUUUAGUCCACUUCAUUUUCACCUCGAGGUUGAGCUCAGCAGGUGCUGACACUUCUGUGUCAUAGUGACUCGCUGUUUUUCAUUCAGCCCUAAUUCACAGGCGGUUCUCCUCUGUCGGCUUGAUUGUGGACAUUUCAGUCUUAAAAACAUGUUUUUGCAGCACCUAGCUCGUCUUUGUGGCUGAGUAAUGAGCUGGUCUCAGUUUCUGUGAGAUAGCUGGUAGUUAAACCCACUCAGACUGUCAUUAUAGGAGCUAUAUGGAGUCCUGCCCCUGUACCGUCUGUGUGUGUAUGUGUGUGUGCAGGUGGUGACAGCCCUCGCUGAUUCACUCAGCUGUCAUCAUCAGGUGUAGUCGUACCGCAGGUCUACACUCAUCCUCGUUUAAAGCACUUUCUAAGCUUCUUUGAAACCUUUAUUUACAAGAUCACAGUCAAAGAUCUUAAAACUUUGACCCCAGUUUGAUAUUUUCAGUGUUGUUUUGAUAUUUUCCUCUCCUGCCUGCAGAGACUGUUAGUCAGGGAGAAGAAAAAGCUCCAAGGGAACGAAGAGCAAUGCAGCCAACUCAUACCUAAUGAGCUUUUAUCUGCAAACCUCAGACCUUUGAAGAGAAAACAUUGUGUGAAUAGCAGGAGGAGUAAAAUAAGUUCUUUUCCUCAGAUUUGUUCGCUCUUUCUUCUCUUUCAGUAGCUGUUUAUUGAUAGUGGUUGAAAUUUAGGAUUUUGCUCCAUUUUUGAUCAGAUUUUGCUGCAGCUUUUCUGAAAAGGGUCGCAGUGACAGUUUCUAUGAUCUGAGGCUUUCUUUUUUGAUUACACAGCAUCACUUUAGUGCAGCCUCUCAUUUGAACUGACUGUUUAGGCUGUGUCUGCAUCUGUGUCACAUGACUAGAAUGUAAACAUGCAUGAAAGUGUGUCAUAGGUAUCUGCUCACAUGUAGAAUUGAUAUAAAGGCAAAAAAGUGUCAUUGCUAUGUUGGCUUCAUCCGCCAUCUUGGAUAUGUUGCAAACAAUCAUCUCAGACUUUCACAGCAUCUAUUUCAGGUUAUGUCUCCACUUCCUAUCCUGUCCAACUGUCCAGACAACAUGCUUCUUUUGACGUGCAUAUUAAUGGACAGCUUCCUAGAAAUUUUCCAAUGUGCAUGUGUGCAAGAGGCUUCUAUUUGUGAAUACUCAUUUUAAUCUUUAUAAAACACAUUGAAGUAGAAACCUUGUUUGCAACAGUGCCGAGAUAUCGACAGCAAUCGAGCAGAUACAAAUAUCAGCAGACAGUUUUAAAUGAACAAUUAGAGAAGGUGAGGGGCUAGCAGUGACAAAGGAACCAGAAUAAAACAUGCUAUUCAUAAAUUAAGAGGAGAAAGGGUAAGAAUAAAAAAUGAUAUACAGAGAAAGUUAAAAACAGCUGGAGCGAUGGGAAUGUUAAAGCAAAAACAGCUGAAGUAAAUAAAAUCAGAAACAAAAUUUUGAAAUAGUCUCAGUUGUACAAGUGUAGUCAUCUUGAACUCUGUUUGGAUUAAAUUCUGAGUGUUCCGAGCAGAGGAACUAAAAGAAGAUCUAGCGCUAUACAUAAGUAAGCCACGACUGGAAGCGUGCGAUGGGUUCCUUUUACCUCUUAAUUUGUCUUUUUUUGUUUGUGGUUUGGUUAAAUGUGUGUCGCAGAUUCAGAGUGGCAUCAUGGAGUUGGCAGAAGUGUAAAGGAUAGUGUCAUCAGCGUAAAGAUUAAAAAAAGACGUUUUAAUGAAUUUGUGAUGUUAUUUACAUCAGUGGUUAACGGCAGAGGCCCAAGAACUGAACCUUGAAGAACUCCCUUUGUAAUGCUGAGAUAAGAAGACUGGACGGCACUAAUUUGGACACACUGAAGCCUGUCUGAGAGGUAAAUGUGAAACCACAGUAGGUCUUCUCAUUAAACCCAGUGUAUGAAGUUGGUUUAAAUGGAAAAAAAUAGACAAACUUAGAUGCUAACAGUUUUAGUUCAAAUUCAGCCAAUUGGUUUGAAGCCUUCAAAAUAGACCUUGUAAGUUUUGAUUGUGAACAGGGAUAGAAUAUUAAACAUACAUUCUAAAACAUACUAAAGUGGCAAUAUUUUCAAAACACAGAUAUGGAAAUCUUCUCGAAAGAAACCACAGCAUCAUCAGCAAACUAGAAAAAGUCAACCAAGGUCAACUUAAACUGGACACAGCUAAAAUUAAGUUGCACAUAAGAGUUUAGACUUUGCAUUUGUAUCAGUAAAGCUGCUCCUCCUUUCAUACAGACCGAGCUGUUGUGUGCCGGAUAUUACUGAAGCUGUGUUGCGAUUACGGAGAUAAACAUGGUGGUUAAACUGGGGUAAGAUUGGGCUGAAGAGGCCCUGCAGUGUUUAUGAUAACAUCCAGCCCCCCCUUCUCCUUCCCUACUGGAGCAGCUUCCUUGAGGAAGGUCAAAGGUUCACACACACACACACACACACACACAAAGAAAGAGACUUGGCUUGCCUCCUCCUCAGAGUGUUUCCCGGUAGCUUGCAGCGGUUACAGCGAACAAAGCCUCGUCAUUGUGUGUGCGUGCACCUUGUGGACUCACAAAUCUCCAAGGUUUUUCAGUGUGGAUACACACAGAUCACCCUCAGGCAAAUGCUUUUGUAAUUGGGUUAUCCAAGUGUGGGUUUUAAAACUGUGAUAUUUGUGUUACAGGAUUGAAGCUGUUACAUAAGAGAUGUUUGGUGCCAACGGUCUGCAGGUUUCUAUUUGAGGAGAAGGUUUCUCUUUAUUAAUGACAGUCCUACAAAAACUCAGCAGGGAUUAAUUCAGAAGUUCUCCUAAUGUGAUUUUUGUUUCAUUUGUUUAUUUUUUUUCUUGCACUUUUGCACAAUUGAGGCCUUGUUGCAAAAGCCUGACUCUGAACAUGCUGAGUAUUAAGAUUGAUUGUGCAGCCAGUGUGUCUAACUUCACUUCUGUAUACUUUGCAAACAGACUCUGAUUUAUGGGACGCCUCCAAUUUUUUUUUAAAUUUCUUUUACAAAAGACAAAAUGUGUCCACACUUAGGGGUCUGGCAACUCAGAUAACCGACUCCAAGCUCAAGCAGCUCCGACUCGAUAGCCUGAUAGUAACAUUUCCUUGUUUUUCAGCGAUCAUUCUGGCACAGAUUUGACAUAUUUCCCUGUCUGCAUGGGCUGGCUCUACUCUUGUGUUUGGCAGAAGGCUAGAAUGUUAAGGUGCCAGUGUAGAUGCCAUUGUUUGAGUCUGAACAUGAGUCAGAGUGAGGUGAUGUCACAUGUGGUUGUGACGUUAGUGUACCAGGUCUUGUGUCAGGAAGUCUCAAUAUCUGUGGCUGUUUUUACUUAGUCCAAUUAUGUGUUCCUCUUGUGGAGGUGCUUUAAAUGUCAUCGCCACCUCCCUCCUGCUUGCUUUGACUUUUACCUGCUACAUUUUUACAUCAUCAGCCUGACUUCUUAUGGAAGUUUUCCCAGGGAACUUGAAAGAAAAAGUCAGGGUGAAAAGUUCAGCUUUUUUUUUUUUUUUUGCAGCACCUCCCUGAAAAACUGAAAAUUUUCAGGAGUUUUGUGCAUAUGUGAAUCAGGCUUGUGAUCAUUUCCUUGUCUGAUUGCGGAAGAAAUUUGUUUUCCAGAGAAAAUCUGAGUUCUUUACAGCUCACUCAAACUAUGUUGUGCUGCAGGAAAUAAGCGUGUAAUUCAAUCUUAGAUAAAAUCUGCAGACAGGCUGGCUUUUGUGUCCUCUAAGUCUGCUGUGUGAUUUAUUCAUAUCAGGUGAAAUAUCCUCGGUUUAUGGACUUUAUGGACCUAAAGUUUACAAAAAUCUCAUGUCUGGAUGGUUUUACAACCCGGCCUUAAGUACAGUUUGCUUUUUGCAUUUGAUAUCCCAUCCUCUAACCUUAGUUCUUACAGAAGUGAACCCCCUCAGGAGUCUGUAUCUUGUUCAUAAUUUAACUUCCAGAUCUUCGGCUGCUUGUGUUUUUGUCUGAGUGAAACAGCAGCUAUAAAAAUGGGCCAUUUCUCCCCGUUAAAAGACUGCGCCCACAUAAAGGAGCAUCACCAGAGAGUAAAGAGUACAAGAGUAAAGUCAAGAAACGAGCCAGCAGUCUGCAUUAAUGACAUGUAAACACAACACAGCGGGGAGUAAUACAAGCACAGACUUUGUGGGUUAAAAAGCAAUAAAAGAGGAUCCUCCAGCUUUUAUUUGGGUUUCAUUUUUUCACUGUGGAACAUCUUAUACUCUCUGCUCUUAGGUAACUGUAAUGCUUUGUUGAUGCUGUGCCCCCCCUAAACACUGGUAGUUCUCUUAAUUUGAAUUUAAUUGUAAAAUUUAAGGAGGCACUUUGAAUUGAGGCUAAAAAAGGAGCUGGAUAUUAAAGGAGUCAGUCUGGGAUCUGGAUGUCCCUCUCAGUAAUAAUAAACCAGAUUCUGAGUUUAUUAAAAAAUGAUUGUUUGGACCAACACGACUCAUUUCAGAGCAGCUCGUUCUGCAGGAGGAGAAAUGAAAACGCUGCAUGGGCACAGAGUUAAUAAAUUGACCGGCUGUCUCAUAUGACCUCAGGGGAUGUCAGAGACAAGAGAUUGUUGUUGAGGAGGGACACACACACACACUCUCACACACACAUAUAUAAACAGACACUCCAUGCCUAAACCAAGCCAGCCAGCAGCUGACUUAGAGGAAUAAUGAACGGUGUGUGUGAGUGUGUUUGACAUAAUGUCCCUUUAAAAUAUCUCACAGUGAACGUUUCAGCACUGGUGUAACUCUCACCUUUCUCAUGUGAUAAACCAGUGAUCGAAGACGGUAAACUUUGACAAAUUAGAAAACAGAAAAGUGUAAAAGGUGUCAACAGUUAAACUGAAGUGGAUUUGAAUAUACUCAGCAUACUAUACCCACCAGGUACUGUGUAUGUGUUGGAAUCACUGGCUGUGAGAUACUGCUAUGAGAGUACAGACUUUUUAGCAGCAGUGCUUGUAAACACUUUGUUUUAGUAACAUCAGACAGUCGUGUAGGGCUGGACGAUAAACCCCAAUAUUUACAGAUACUGAAAUUUACAAUAAUAACUGACAUCAUUUUGCCUAUGUCAAUAAAUUCUGUGUCAAAAAAAAAAAUAUAUAUAAGUUGUUUUUGGAUGUGUGUAGGUAGGCUAUGGUAUCAUGUCCAUUUAAGAUGCUGUCCUACAUCAGAGAUGUGACUCCACCCCAUCCAGUCCGUAACAAAGACGGAAAGACAGGUGAGGAGAUGGAGGAUGGUUCAAAAGUUGUAGCAACUGAAGCGGCGGCUGAAGUAGACUAAGUAAAUGUGGGAGGGGGUGAGCAGCUUGUGGAGUAGUUAUCGCCCAUUUAUCGUUAUUGAGGUAAACCGCUCAAUAUAUCGUGAUAUUGAUUUGAGGCCAUAUUGCCCAGCCCUACAGUCUUGUUGUUGUUGCACCUAAAAAUGUAAAAAAAAAAAAUAGCAAAAGUUUUGUGUGUUUUCUUACUCUGUGUGAUUACAUGCAGCUUUGGAGAGUGAUACAGUAAAUCAAGCCCCUGCUGCCCCCUUUAACCACUGGCCUGGUUUUAACAGUGUUGCUGAAAAGCCCUUUGACUAAGCUGCUGGAAACUGCAAAACGACAUUGUACUGUCGGCUCAUGGUUGGGCUGAGCAAGCCCUGUUUUCAUCCCUCUGUGCAUGUGUGUGUGUGUAUGUGUGUGUAUGAGUGCAGGGCUCAACAUAUGGCUGCGGCCUUCCCUGUCAGUUGUUUACAUCUGUUCUGUGUCAUUAAGUGAGACUGCAUGCAUGUCAGAGCAGUGUGUGUGUGUGUGUGUGUGUGUGUGUGUAAGAGUGUGUUCACCCCCCGGUGUGUUUUAUUUCCUCUGUGCAGCGGAUGUGGGCUGCCUCUUCACUUCUGCUUUGUCUGUCUUCGUCUCUUAGUCUUUAGCUCUCUGAUUGCUCCACACUUUAGAACCGUGAUGUUUCCAUGUAGCUGUGAAGCCACUUUUUAAAGAUCUUUUUCAUGAAACAGAAAGUGAAAUAUUGAAAAGACCCACAAAGUAAGAAAUUAAGAGCCCUUCAUGACCUGAUGAGCCUGUUUGUCAGCUUGUAGUUGAACUUCCCUUUAUGUUUUGUUGAACUAACAGAAACCACAAGUCAGUUAUGGCUGCACAGUCCACUCCUCAUACUUUUAAUUUCCCGUAUUUUUAGUGUUGUCAUGUGUGGAUGUCUCUCUGUCUGAAGCCUGCUGCUGGGUUUGCUCUCUCAGAGCACAGCAGCUGGUGGGGAGGGGGAUUCCCUCCUCUGUCCCAGGGGAGGUAACCAGAGAAAGGGCAGACACACGCACAGACAGGCAGGCUUUAGGACAACACAACCACUUUGCCAACAUGCAUAUAAUGUGCCGCACAGAGUCUCUGAAACGAAACACAAGAACUAGGUUGUAUUUUGCAAACGUGCAGAAGUUGCAUCAUUUCUGACCCUUCAGAGUGAGUUUGCAUUUUCUGCCUGACUUCUAAAGAAGGAACAACUUAUUUUCUGCAUGAUGGUUGACCAUUGUACUUUAUUUAACCGCUUAAAGCCUCACAUCGGUUUUAAGUGUAGGCACUCUUUUGAUACAUUUUGAGGUAUCAGCUUUGAAAUGCUGUUUUUAAAGCCCACCAAUCUUCAUUCACAAAAACAGUCUCAGAAUACAGGAGUCCCUCGUCUGCUGCUGCUGCCUCGACUUUUAAGGUUUUUAUGUGUUUUUGUUUGUGACUUUGGGGUUUAGAAACGGUCACAAAAUGCUCCUGAAACUUAGUUUUGGAAGUAAUAGAAUGUAAUAGAGAUACAUGAUGAUUGAUAUCAAUCCUGAUACUGAUCUAAGUGCAUCAGUGACCUGCAGAGGCCUGCAUCUGCCGCCAUGCUAAAAGACUGGUUGUCGAGGGCUUGUUGUGCAACCUAACCUGCUGUUGCAUUUCUCGGAUGUGCUAAAUGAUUGUGUAGUUGAGGCUUUAGACAGUUUUUUGCUGGCAUUCAGACCAAGAUCUUUCCUUAAACUAGGCUGUAAACAUGUUUAUUCCUGCUGUUAAUAUUGGCUUUGUCUAUGUGGCUUCUGCUGCUUUUGCAAACAACCUGUAGUGAACACUUUAGGAACUGCAGUUUUUGACACUUGCAGCUUCAUUUUUCAAGUCUGACGGUUGUUAAUACCUCAUUCCACACUCGGUUUUCACAUUUUUACUUGUUCUAAUCAUUCUCCCACAGUCAAAAAAAGCCAAAAAACAAAGUUAAAAGCAUUUAAAAAGAAACUGAAAAGCAUUAAAACUUGAAAACAGAAGAUUGAUAAAACAUCUGCUUAGCUGUGGAGAGUAGACAUCUAGAGUUUUAGUUCUUGUUGUGAUUGAAGCUACUUUUGUGUCCAUCUGUGCUACUUGUAGGGGAACCACGAUGACGUUCACAACCAAGACCACAUGACCAACCAAUCUGUUCCACAUCUGUAAUUUAGGAUCUGCUGAUACUGUAAAGCUGCAUGUCCUUCCAUGGCUUAUCAGGCUGGGAAAAUACUUAGAAAUAAAUGUGCAGUACUUCACGACGUUUUUAUAAGGUUGGCUUACAUGCUUGCAGUGGACCAUGAAGAGAACACUUCAUUUUCACCAUAAAUAGUAUGUUACACAGAAGCUUCACUCUGGUUUACUCCUUAUAUGUUUAGGGUGAGUCUCAGUUUUACGUAAAUAGAAAGUCAUACAGAAGCUUCACUCAGGCUAACUUCAGCUGUUUUAAAACUGAUUUUCUUGUAAGCUUUUAUGCUGGAUAUAAAUAUGCAUAUGUUAAAGUUGAUGCCCUUGUUUUACCUUUGUGUCAUCAGAUAGGUUAACCAACUGGAUUUGAAACCCGGACCUCAUGGCUGCAUGCUCAGAUCUCUACUUUCCUUAAAUCCUUUAUCUGCUGUCUCCUGCAGGCUCAGCAGGCAGUCAUUAGUUAAUGGUCCUCAGUGCUGAUUCCUCUUGGCUCUGUGUUUGUCCUGCAACACAAUGUAACUUUAUAAGACUGUGUGUAAAUAAUCUAAUGGUGUGGAGAGGACUGCUUGGUGAAUAAUGAAAGCUGAGGCCCAGUCUGCCUUAUGUAACCCGGCAGAUCCAUUAACUCCCACUGUGUUUGGUGGCCAGAUGGCUGAUUCACUGAGGAAAGUCUGUGCACGGCAGAGAGGCCAUGGGGCCUAGGAGGGGUUAGGAUAGCUGUAUCUGUGUAUUCAUACUUAUGUUUACUUUACAGUUAUUGUAGGAUUACUGCAAAAUCUCAAAGGAUUAGCUUUUAUAAGGGCAAAAUAUAUGGGAAGCUCAAAGACAGUUUUAAUGGACUGAAAGACUUUUAUUAUAGACCUGGGUGUACAAGGUGAAGAGAUAUUAUCCUUAGACAAUGGUCUGGUUCAAAGGGGUUUAAUGAGAGUCAUGCAGAAGUUUAUUAUCGUCUGUAAAAGUGACUUAAAUUCUUGAGUCCAGGUCAUAAUAUGUAUUUGAUAUAUCCUCAAAGACACUUUAUUAACCUACAAAAUUUCUGUAGUGAUUUUGUUUGACACACAAGAGACGGGGGUGGUGGGUUGGAGUAAGUAGUUUUUGGCCAACAGAUGUUAAGGUGGGAACUUUUCCCCUUUAUUGUCAUUUUAUUAGCUAUUAAACCAAAUGUUCAAAUAUUUCAAGGCUCCAGUUUAGCACUGUGGAUGAAUCUCCUCUACUAUAAAAAAGAGCCUGGCUUAAUUAAAGUCUGUCCUAAAUUAUUGCAAUGUGAUCAUUUAUGUUAUUUGAACAUGGGAUUAAUUUAUCUUGCCUUACCUUCCAUCCACCGUAUUUUUUGUGCCACAGGGGUCCAUCCUUGGUCCAAUGUCUGUUUUUCCUUGUUUGUGUUUAUUUUAUUGACAGUUAUAGAGUUUUUUUUACUCUGUAUCAUUAAAAUAUAACUCGACAACAUAACAUUGUUUUGAAAAAUUUGGUGUGUCAUUUCACCAAUUUUUUAGAUCACACUAAAACUGCUUUAAUUCCCCUUUUAGAGUGUUUCAACAUUAAGCAUUUUCUUAACGAACUGAAUGCAGUCUUAAAGGUACAGUGUGUAGAGUCUGGAAUAUUGACGAGUACUAAGCAGUCAGAUUCUGGAUAAAACAGUAACUUGCUUACACCCCUAUCAGUGAGGUGGUGGUUGAUUCUGAGGACAAGAAGCACCUUUAAAGUCUGAGAAGUAUCAUUCUCCAUGUGCUAUGUUUUCACUUUUUUGCGUACAACAACCACUCUACUCUCCAAUGUGUGUUUGAACGACUAUUUACUUAACACAUAAACACAUAUGUCAGGAUUUUGUGGAGUACCACAGGGAUCUGUCGUUGGUCCUUUGCCUCUUUACAUAAUUAUGUUAUAUUAGAUGACAUAAAGACUGAAUCAAGGAUUUCCACUAGCUUUUAAUUUUCUGAUCUAAACUCAAAUGAAACAUAUGAUCUCUUGUAAUUAAUUUUUUUUUAGGAGACUAAAAUCAUUUUUUAAUAAUAAAGCUUUUCCUGAACUUUUGUCCCUCAAAAUAAACUCAUAUCUGAAGAGAAAAGGCUUUGACGAUGUGUCUGACAAUAUCUAGAGAGAAUAACUCACUUGGUAAAUAUUUUAUAAUCCUGUUUUUUUUGUUUAACCUCCAUUUAGCUGCGUGUUAUCCUGCUUUCCUACAUUUUUGAACCAUGUUUGAGUAUAAAACUUCACGUUCAUAGAUACAUAAGUGAUCAGAAAACCUUACAUUCUAUCUCAGUAAUUCCUUUCUGUAAUUUCCUCACCUUGACUCCUGCUUGAUUUAAACUAAUAACUUCAAUAUGUGUGUGGAUGUAUGUGGGUGUGAUCUGCAUGCUGGUGUCUGUUUUUUAUUAAAGGGACAUCUGGAUGGAUAAUUAAUACCACAGACAUUAAAUACAUCACAGUGUUUGUACUUUAACCCUUCAAACAGGCUUUGCUAACCCCAGAGAUCAUCUGUGACACAAACCAGACUGUAAUUACACUCGAUCUGAUCUCAUGUCUAAUAAUAGCCUGUAAAUUAGAUGAAAUGCACUGAUUCCUUGCUUUUCUUUCAUUGCCGGUUUUCUCGCAGUGUGCAUGCCGUUUCCAUGAAAACAGAAAUACUCUGACAUAUCUCCUGCUUGCUUUAAUCCUGUUGCUGGUCCUCACUUUCUGGUCCGUUGGAGGGAGGAGAGAGUUUCACCUAUAGACAUCUGCAUUUAAAGCAAUUAUUCCUGACAGCUCACAGCUAUAUUUAAACUUUUUGUGUAUUAGUUUGCAGUGGAGAAAAUGAUAAGAUAUCCUCAUAGUUGUUGUUUCCUCUCCAUGUCAGUUUUGUUUUCUUCGGUCUUGUUGGGCAUCAUUGUGGUUGAGCUCCUCUUUUUGCAUGGCCACGCUGAGUUUUGCAUACAAGAGCUAAAGUAAAUCCUGCACAGUGUGGGAGGAAGAGAGGAGAGAGGAGGUGGAGUGGGAAAGAAGCAAGGGUGAGGGAUGGAAGGUGAGAGGAGAGGAGUAGGCAAACGUAGGAGGGAAAAGCUGGUAAAUCAGCUCCGACUUCCCUGCCAAGUGCAAUGCAUCAGAAAACGACUCCCUAAAACAGUUGUAGCUUAAAGUCUAGAUAAUGAUUUUUUGCUUAAGCUGCUGUGAAAAAGAAGGAUCCUCAUUUAGAGGGAGUAAGAGAGUGGCUGCACUUAAAGGUGUGGGAGAUUUACUUUCCCACACACUGAUGCUGAAGGGUUGAACAUUUGCUCUUGCUGACUGCAGGGGUUUUUGUGCUACGAUGUGUAAAUUCGCUAAACGUACUACUAGCCACAGUGACCUUUAAAGUAAUGUGGUGCAACAGUCGAAUUUGUGACCUCAUCGAACCCUGGUCUUUUGCUAACCAAAGAACAGCCCUCCUCGUGUCAGAGCAGGUGUCUGUGCGUCCAGUAAAAGUCAACAAUGAUCAGUACAGUACAUCUCUUUCUGCAGCUUUGGGUCUGACCAGGUGAGCACAGCAGGGAUUUGCAUCUCUGUUACAGUGACUCUACCUAUUUUAAGGUGUGUUUCAGCAAAUGACCUGCUCAUUAUUAGUCCAAAAUGAUUAAAUGUGACUGAAUGGGUUUAAAGGAGGGGCUUUAAAAACUGUAACUCCUCUGUUGUUUUGAAAAUCUCUGCUAAUUGAUGCCCCACCAAAGCUCAGUUAAUUAGAAGACAAACACCUUUAAUUUCCUUCACAAUAAAAGUCUCCUGUUAAUGCUGUUAAAAUGCCUUUUUUAGAAAGCAGCCAUUAAGGGAAAUUGGGUGUAAACAGCAUUAAAAAUUAAACACACCACAUUGUGACAUAUAAAACAUCUUCCUCUGGUCUUGUGCAGGAAUAAAUUGAGAAGGUGACUUAGAAAAUCAUCAUUGUAUUGAUUUAUUGAGGUUAAUAGUGCUGUUCAGUGGUCAGGAAGUGAUGAGAGUACCUUAAAAAAAAUCUUCUGACAUUAUCAGUUUGAUCGUACAUUUCAAAACCCCUCAACUCUAACAGAACCAAGAGUUUCAAAAAAAUAAGACUUAAAAACUUCCAGUGAUAACCUGUCAGUAGCCUCUACACCAUCAUUUAGCACGAGAGUCCUAAGGUAGAGGAGCCAAACUUGUUCAAAGUUUGUUAGACUAACCACAGAAGCUGAAAGAAGAGGCUUGUGUUUCUGCACCAUAACAGAAAAAAAUAUGUUAUUUCAUGUUGUGUCUUGUUUUCUAAGCGAGGCACCUGGGCUUGAGUUAGUCACAACAGUCUGUGGUGUCUGGGGAACCAUGACAGAUGCUGCAGAAAGUCACUACACCCAAACAACACCAGGAAACUUGAAUCUAAGAGCUUCUGGGUUAGUAAGCGAUCGUUUUAACUCGAUUUUUGUUUGAAUAAAACUCUUAGACCAGUGGAUCUCCACCUUCACAAACAUUUCCUGGUCGUGCCGUCCCACCCACACAUGAACAAACUAACAGAUCUGUUAUGCUCAGCUUGUAUCUGCAGUGCUGCUCCUCAUUCUGCAUUAACUAACACUGUAACAGGAAUCAACACAACCACAUCCUGUCUUACGGCACUCUCAGAGAUGUGUUGUCACUGGUAACGUUGUGAAAUAACCCCAAAUAACAUCAGCUCGAAACCGUGUGUGGCAUUUCGAAUAACGUCAAAGUGAAGUUUAGGUGUGGCCGCUGGAUACGAGUCACUGAUUUCAAUCCUGAGACGGUGUUUUCUUUGUUAUUGUGCACAGGAAAGAUGAAGAAGGGCUGUGUCCUGUGUAUGUUAGUGUGUGUCUCUAUAAUCUUGAAUCCUUUUAAAUCCGUUAUCCUCAUCAACCUUCGCACAAUUUUACUUAUACGGACGAAUUUCCAUCAAUCAAACAAUCAUACAAACCUUUUUUUUUUAUAUACCAUGUGAUGCUGACAAAUCCACACAUCCUGCCUGAUUGCUGCCGCACAUGUGCAACUUUCAUUAGAGAUGAGAGGGAAGUGAGAUGUCUUAUUUGGCUCUAGCUCAUCAGCUAAGAAAAGACCGACCAGGAUGCGUUUGAUUGUCCUAACUAGAUUAUUUUUAUACAGAUUUAUUCCUGUAGGCGUUACCGCCGCUCAUGGUUGCUAAGAUUAUUUUCAUGCAGGCUGUAGUUACAAUCCUCUAAAGAAAGAAGAGACAUGACAAGAAAAAGUCCCUUUGUCUCCAUGAAUAGAAAGCAGAUUAAAAAGUUGGCGAAGGAAAAUAUCAGAUAAAUAGUGUUAUUUUUUGAUCUUUGUAAAUAUUAACAAAUGUGGGUUGCAAUUAACUGGCAAAGCCAAUUCUAAAAAUUAAUGGCAUUGAGUGUGGGGGAGUGAUUGGGGAUGGCCUUAGCUGCACAAUUUCUUCAUUUUGAUUCAAAUGUAAAUUUCAAAUGGUAUUUCAAUUGGUACCUCUUUAUUUAUUUGCUUGUGUUAAGUUUUAUUUGGUGGUAUAGCUCCAUUCUAAGAGCUCCCUGCCCUUCUAUGAGUGUACGUGGAAGAGCUGUCUCUUUGUUUAAUGUGUGCAAAAGGGAAGCCAAGGCAGGGAGAUCAGCAGCAGAAACCUUUGGACUAAGCAGGCAUCUUUUACCAGUGAAUACAUACUAUUCUGAUAAAAUUAGUCACAGAGUCAAAAAGGAGGUGCUGGGGUGGAGGUAGGUAACAGCAGUUUGCAGAGGAAGCAGGAUGUGUAGGUGGGCUGAUGCAGUCUAAAGAGAGCACCUAAUUUGAGAUUGGCAAAUUUGGACGCAUAGAAGGUAAUAAUAAGCUGAGCUGUUGGCUGUUGUGGGCUGGGGUUAAGAUCAGUUGAUGUGCUAAGGACUGAGCUCGACUUUGUGGCCUAUCUGAACCAACGCAGGCAAGGUUUUAAACUCAGUUACAAAAGGCAAUAUUGAGUAUCUGUAGCUUCAUGGAUGGGAGUGAUUGUUUGCCUGGCAGUUGUUUGACAGAGCAGGGUGAAGAUGGUUACAGACGGAUGCAGAGGCGGAAAAACACCAAAAACUAGGCCUGCGCGAUAUAUCGUUUGAGCAUUGUCAUCGUGAUGUAUGUGUGCGUGAUAGUCACAUCGCAGAGCCUGCGAUGUCGGAGGUGAAUGAACUCAUCUAAUUUCAAGGGUAACCGACUGAGAAACACUGCAUGUGACUCUGCAUGCGCUGUGCAGCGAUCCACUAAUCACCUUCGUUCUUUACUCAGUUGCCAAUCAGACUCAGUUCUCAGUUGCCAAUCAGACUACCCUGCCAGCUGUCAAAAUCAGAGAGGAGGAAACCCACCCCUGCACAUGUCCUGCAUAUGGAGGGAGUCGCUGGUGCUACUAGAGUUGAGCUGAGAAACGCUUGUCCGCUGAGAAUUACUUUCGGAACAUUACUCAUCACUGUUAAGCCCAACAAAUAAGAACUGUAUGGGUUUUAAAUUGUACAUUUCCGUGGACCACUCUCUACUAUAAGCAGUGCGCAUUUGUGAGGUGCAUGCAAUUCUCUGAGGACAUGCGUUUCUCAGCACAACCCAAGUAACAACAACAACAACAACAAUCGCAAACUGAGCAAUAAACAGAGAAAACCACCGAAGAUGAAGACUUGUUACCAAAAAGAAAAGGAAAGUCAGUUAUCUGGAAUUAUUUCGGUUACAAGAUGUUUUCGACCAAAACACGUGUUCUGUGUUCAUCUGUUGCCACAAUACUGCCCCAGCACAAUAAAAACUAAAAAUAUCUCUGAGACAGACAAAAGCCACUCUACUAACAUUCACAAAAAGAGGUAAGAUCAGUGCAGGUUAACUGUCCUCAAGAUUAUAGCAGUGCAGCACAACAUAAAGUGCUAUUCAGGUCAUCUGGUGAAAAUUCCUUCAAUUUUUAAUAACGCAGGGUUAAAAAAAAAUCGCAAUGUUAGUUCUUUCCAAUAUCAUGCAGCCUUACCAAAAACAAAUACGGCAAGUGCUCCAGAAGAACUGUAAUGGAAAGAUUGUUCUCUUCAAAGCAAGGCCUAACCUUUGACUCUGAAACACUGAACCAACAAAUCUAGACAUGCUAAACUGUAUUUCAGGAGGUUAUACUGCAGACUACUGGCCUGGCAUGCAAACUUGCUUCGGUAGCACACAAAUCAUUCCAUAACAUUUUCAUGUGACUGAAGAUGCUGUAAAAAAAUGCAAAAGAAAGGCUUUUCUGUUUUUAUUGGGGCAGUUCUCCUAAGAAAGACUUAAACACUGGUGUCCAACCCCUGCAACACUGAAGCAAAAUCACAACAGUGCAGGAGGAAGUGGAAUCACUUAAGGAGUGGUUUUGCAUGCAUGCUUCUCAGCUGAUGGCUUCUGUGGUUAUGCCAGGAGCAAAUUCAUCCCACUUUGUAGAGACUGUGUCUUCCUUGUAGGUUUGCAGCAGAAACAGUGCAGAGGCUUUUUGCUUCCACACUCUCGGGGAUGGUAAACUAGAGGAUGACUCAAGUAUUCAUGUACAGGUGAUGAGAAAAGUGUUUUUCCUUGUAUGGGAACUUACACUUAGGUGGUGCAGUGGUAAGAGAAGUUGCAUCACAGCAUGAAAGUUUCUGGUUCAAUCCUCGGGCAGAGACAGGAACCCUUUUGUGUGGAGUUUGCAUGUUCUGCCCAUGAAUAAAUGGGUUCCUUCCGGGUACUGUGGCUUCCUCCCACAGUCCAGAGACAUGCUUGUUAGGUUAAUUGGCGGCUCAAAAUUGCCUGAAGGUGUGAGUGUGAGUGUGAAUGGCUGUUUGUCUCCGUAUGUAAGAGACUGGCAACCAGUACAAGGUGCCCCCAACUUCUCAGCCAACGACAGCUGGGAUUAUUCAGAUCCUGCGACCCUGAACAAGACACAUGGGACAGAUAAUUGAUAGUUGGGUGAAGUUUUGUCAGCAUCUUGAAAUGAAGACGUUUGUCAGGGGAUUUUUGGCAAAUCUGAGACAAACAAUCAGACACUCACGUAAAAACAGUAAAGUUUAGAUAUGCAAGUUUGGAGUGUUUGAACAGCCAACGCGGUGCAGGCUCACCCAUGGAGCUCUCCCUAUGACUCAGUUAUCUGCGGUUUGCACAAACAGGUCUUUCCCCUCAGUCCUGUGGAUUCAACCCGUAAAGAUCGGUCGUCUUUUGUUGAGUCACUCCUCUCUGGAGGUUUUUGUCAUCUUGCCAUCACAGUCGGCCUCUUUGUGUGUUUUUAUCCUCUUUCUGGCUGCUCCUCACCUCCUUUGUCCUUUCUCCUCUCCUGGUAUUAUCUUCCUGUUGCUCACCCCCUUCUCCCCUCCUCCUUCUGUACCUUUUUUAUAAUCCUCACCUCCCUCUUACGAGCAGAGACUCAUGAACUCACAAACACGCCUCGGUUCAUGCAGGGAGGCCCAGAGUUUCUUUUCUUCUGUUUCUGUCCUGCUGAGGGCUGGCUGUGUGUGUUUUCUUGGCUGGGUAACAUGAAAUAUAAUUUCCAGCUUUUGUAGUCGGCGUCUUUAAUGCUUCAUGAACAUCAAGAAACAUGUGAGAAGAGUUCAAAGAAAAGCCCAAAACUUUUCUUUGUUUUAGCCCUUUAAUCCAAUUAUUUCCACACCAAACUGUGGAGAGAAAAAGCAUGAAUUCACUGACAAAGACUGACUUCUCCCGACCUUUUUUAGUUUCUAAUCUUCCUCAGCUGCUAACAUGCUGCAUUUAUUUUCCUUUUUCUUUGGUUUUCAUGGAAAAAUACCGACACUUCAUACUCCUUUGUACUGUCAUUCCCCUACAGCAGGUGAGGCCCUGAGAAACCUGAUAUCCUCACAUUUCUGCAGCUAUUUCUUAAGACAGGCAGGAGAAAAAUGAGUAAAACUCUGUAGGGAGACGUAAGAGUAGGCUCAGUGAUAAGUGUUAGAUUUGGAUACCUAAGAGGUAUGCUUUUAAAUUAAAACGGAUGCUUGGAUAAUACAAUAAAGCUCAAUAAGAACACCUUGUAAAAUGAGCCAAGCUAACAAAAUCCAUUGGUUUGAGCAGGUAUAAGCAUCAGAAAUUCUGUUUACUUUAUUUUCUGCAGCUGCUUUUAUGUUAUCACCUUGAAAGUUAUGAUAGUGGCCUUGAAAUCCUGGAACUUUUUGUUGCGUACGUUCAUUAACAGUGAUUGAAUAUUGUUGACAUAAAUAAGCUGCUGUUUGUCAAGUCCAUCUUGCUUUCACAUCUUUCUCAUUGUCAAGGAAUAGUCUAUAACAAAGAUCUAUCUGAAAUAACGUAAAUGCAUACAAUUUUCAUCAUACAAUUGGGAUUAUUCACUGAUUAUUCUCUUGUUACGACAUGUAGUGAUGCAGGUUUUGGUGCCUACGACACUUUCCUGGUGAGGUUGAUGCACCUAACCACACCCAAUCACAAAUCAAACAUAGCAACAAGAGUCUAAGGAUUUGAAUCUCAGUUUAGCUCUCAGUCUGACAUGAGACAGGGGAGAGAGCAGCUAUUACUGCUGCUGACAGCUCGCUGGAGCAGCACUGAAAAGGUAAUCAGAUUUGCAAACAGAUUAGUGCGUUAAUUGACUUUGACAGGUAGCAGCAGUCUGUGCAGACUUGGAAGUUCUCAUAAUGAAGACUUCAACUCCUUUAAACGUCACUUUUAAGAGAGGAAUGAAAGGUUCAUCCUGAAAUUUUGGAGGCUUUUUUAACAGUUGUUGCUCGCUCAGUUGAGAAUUUGGACUGAGGCUGAUUAUGUCAUUGUUUUUGAACUGCGCCCGCACAGAUUAUGCAACCCAAUCUGUGCAGCAACAUGAUAUUGUUUUUGCCUUUACCUCCUCGUUUACUCCAAAUCUACCACUGCUCUUAAGAUUGAGGUUUUCCUCAUGUGUUCAGAGACUUUACAAAUUUCCUGGGAGGGUCUGAAGGUCAUUGGGUCAGCUGUGAUGUAAGUGUCUGAAGUGGAUCCAUCACAUCCUGACCUGUAAUUAGACACAGUGCUAUGUGCUGACAUGCCAAUCCUCCUCGCUCUGCUGAUCCUUUGAAAUCCUGCGCCAGUGAUUAGGCCAUGUGCUCUGGUCUGUUACAAAUUAGAAAAACACAUUAUUCCAGAUUUUUGUGGUUAAAUUAGGGGAUUGGUGGUAAAAACAGUCAAAGUAUAUGUUAACAAUGAGGUACAAUGAAAUUGUCCCACUCUUAAAUCAAGCAGCCUAUUUUAAUACGCCCAAAUUAAAAAAUAUGAAUAGUUUUGUAUCAAAGCUUAUUAAUUUUGAAGGAUAAAGUGUUUUAAGAUUCAGACCUCAAGAAAAUACAAGAAGAUAGAUGAAAGUUAGUGACAGCUCAGCUCACAGCCUUUAAAGCGCCAAUGACGAGUGUACAGAAAACAGUGAUUGCUGGCGUGAAACUGCUUGAUCCAGUGCUUACUGGGUAAAAGACAAUAGUACAGUUCACCUCUUAUCUCCAGUAUUUUCCAUGGAUCUGACGUCUGAGUGGUAGCUCAGCUCACAGCUCAUAAAGCACCAAAUGAAACUGUCAAAAAACACAGUAUUGUCUAUUUUCUACAAGCAUUGUUUGAUUACUGCAUUAAGGGCCGUAAGUCAUCACACACCUGUGAAAUAUUUGAAUUCAUAAUACCAAAUAAAAAAGCAAGACCAUCGUAACCAGUGUCAGCUCAGCUCCCAGCCUUUAAAUGUGUCAAUAAAAAACUAAUUACGAGCGUGAUACUACUCCUGCAGUAUUUUACAGUGAAAACACAAGACUCCACAAAAACACCCAAGAAACAACAAGGGUGAAGUAAGUGGCAGCUCAGCUCUCAGCCCCACUAAUCUCCAGGAAGUGUUCAGAAACCCUUUCUCUGUUUCUUUUUGGGGAGAAGGUGGUGCCUGAUAAUUAAUCUUCUACCAAAAAGUGAAGAAUGAUGGCAACAAUGACUGAACUAACUUUAGUGAAAGCAGCUCAGCUUAUAGUCCCCCAUGACAACAUCCAAUUACAGAGAUUAAUUGCAGACAUAGAAUCAGAUCCUAGAGGUCUGUGUGUUGUUUUGGAGUAUGAGACCCCUUGUGGUUCUUGUGCUCAGGAUGGAAACCUCCUAAGCAACGUAAAGACUGGUAGUAACAGCUCAGCUUGCAGCCUCCUUUAGUUCUGAAUACUGAAGAGCUUUGGAAUGACAGUGGUUUUUAUCAUGAGAGCAUUUUCUCUAUUUAUGACACUCUUUGUUGACACAUGUACACAUAUUCAAAGAACAGAACCUUUCAGAUGCAUGUUGGGAUACACUGUAUUACUAAAUAUUAUCUUAAUUGUUGUCAUCUUUAGCUUUUUUGUUGAGUGUCAAAUUAGUAUAACUGUCAUUCAUAAGAUAAUGUUUGUGCAGGUUUUUGCAAGAGGUUGCUGCUGUUCAGCUUUGUGGGUUAAGAUUUCUUGAGUCUGUUUUGCUUUUGGCAAAGCCACAAUCAGUGAUUUCAUCGCAGGUGUUUUCUGUUAGUCAUGGAAGAGCACACAUGUGAAGAUUAAACCAGAAUGCACCAAAGCUUGGCCAGGUUAGCAGACUUAGUGCUAAAAACUCACUGUCUGAUACCAGCUAAUGUACUACAGAAGACUUUAGAAAGACUCCAUUAUUCUCAUCCUGUUUCCAUAAAUCAGGACUAAAAUCCUCCACUAACUUCACAAAUAUUAACUUUUUUUAUUUAGAGCUUAAACAAAGACGUUUUGUGAUCUUGCUCCUGUCUUUAGUCUGGAUGCUUGUUUUGAAACCAGGAUCAUUUUUCAGGCUAUUGAUAAGUGACCCUGUUCUUUAGCCUGACACCAGAUCUGCACCGUCACCAUCGUGGUGACUCCACAGGGGUCGAUCCAGGCCAGCAGGGACCUGAAAGUGGGUAAUACAGAUUAAUGGUGUCAAACAGGGUUAGACCACAUGUCCCUCUGUGAACCUCUGCAGGCAGCACUUUCUUUCAACAUCUCACAGUGUUAUACUUUUAUGUGCUUCUCUUUUUAUUCUGUUUUAUAUAUUUAUUCACACAGAUUUCUAAUUAACUCUUUAAUGAAGGAGGUUGAAGCAGUUAUUUUGCUUUGGCUUAAUUUUGAUAAUUUUCAUUAAACUCAGUGUUGAAUUUCUGUUGAAAUUUUGUGACACAGAUUGUCACAAAAAUCAUAGGAUUUGAGUUCUUUUACAGCUUACAGUUAUCACUUCCUGCAGAUCCAACAAAUCACUCAGUGUUUUCAAGCUUUUAUAUAAGUACUUAAACUUGUAUUUUAUUGAUUAUAUCCAUAUCUCUCAAUUUUUUUUCUUCAACUUCAACUACUAGCUCGUGUGUUUUUAUUUUUUUAGCCAGCGCUGACAAACCUUCAACCAUGAUAAGUCUCCUCCGCCCAAUCAAACGGAGUAGAGGAGGCGAAUCAUAAAGCAGUCAGUGUAGGGCCAGCUGUUAACUGUCUGACACUGAAGGGCCUGUGUGAGUCAGCUCUUUACCCGGAAGGAUCUCUCAGUUCUUCUCAUGAUGACAUGCAGUCCACCCUCCUCCCCCUCCUCCUCCCCCUCUUCUGUGUAGCUGACAGUGUUGGCUCCGGACCCCAGCUUGUGUCCGUUCAGAGCCAGCGUCCUGCUGUCUGAACCAGUGUGAGACUGGGCAUUUUUCACUGCCCCAUUCCACAGCACAUGCUUUUCCCAUGAUGCUCUGUGUUUCAGUCUGGGCUUUGUGUCAGCAGCGACCGGGGCAUCUGGGCAGAAAUGCAGCAUGGGAAAGACAGAGAGCAGAGAAAGGCUGCCAUGAAGUUUAGCUGUCUGUGUGGAACUUUGUCUUUUUGUCUUUAAAAGGAAAUUCUGGCAUUUUUAAACCUUGGCUUUAAUUUUAGUGCAUAUUUUCUGGUCUAAAUCACCAACAGGUACACAAAGAUUUGGACCUGCGUCAGUGCACAACUAUGAAACACCUCCUGAAAGUUCUUAUUUUUGCCCCUGAUGGGCUCAUACUGUUAUUGUAAGUGUCUGACAUCAUUAUAGACAGGAUCCCCACAGAAAGAGACCUUUCUGUUAAAGAGGUAGAUGAUACAUCACUCCCUUCAACUACACUAGGCUCCAAACAGCAGUUGCACCAUAAAGAACACUUACUUGCUUUUUCUUCUGCUGCCUGUUAUUUUUUAAAAUGUUUUUGGUUAAACUUUGCAUAAGAAAAUGAGGUCUAACCUGACAAAUUAAACCAGAAGAGCUCAGAAAAAUCAGCUGAUUGAGGUAGAAGACCUGGAGCCCCUUCUUCUGUGAGCCUUAAGCAGACCAUCUAAACCAUCAAAUCCCCUCUCAAGUCAAACUACAGCUCUUAGAUAUUUAUGUGGUAGUAUUUUCUGUCAGGGUGUAUUCAGAGACUAGACAACCUCUCCAUCCCCCAGAGCAGACACACACACACACACACACUCACCCUACCAAUCCCACCCCCACCCAUUGUUCGCCCAGCUCCCCUGCAGCUAUGGGACAGUGAAGACGGGGAGAGAUCGGGCUUUUCAGAGCUACUGUACAGUCUGUAUCCAUUCCAUGCACUGUACACAAACCACACACACACACAUGUACACACUGAACCACCCCGCUGUGUUUAUUAAGGCCAUGUGAAAUGGUCCAGUUCUGCUUUCUUUGUUCACUCUUUCAUUAAUGUGGCUCAGCACAGUGAAGUAUGUGAGCUGUCUGCUUUACUGAACACACAGUGAACCCUCGUUUUCAUUUAUUUAAAGAUGCUGUGUUUCAUUAAAUGUCACAUGGAGGUUUGAAAUGAGUAGAUUGGUUAUUAACUUUGUUGUUGGCUUAUUUUUAGUCUAAAAGGGAGUCAACCUUCAGCUAUUUUCAUUUUUUUUUUCACUACAGUGAUCACAUAAGAACCAAGUGAGCAAAUCCUCAUUAGAUGGAUGCCCAAUAUGUUGAAUUUAUCCUUUGUUUGGUUCAGAAAGACAAUCAAAGUAUGAUUAUCUUAUCUAAAAGUUGGGGCGUAGAACAGUAACAAUUUGAUGCCAGGCAAUUGUUUUUUAACAAUUUUGUUAAAAUUUGAAGGCCUGAAGAUCAGGAUCAUUCAGUCUUGGUUUUAGUCUUCAGAGAUUUCUCCAGAUUCUUUGUAAUCAUCCACUGGGAACUCUGUUUUUUCAAAACAUGUUGCUGGCAUCAAAUUUAUACAAGCAGAUAAUUUACAUAAAAUGACAACACUUUGACUUUAAAACAUCUGAGAUGUUGUCUUUGCAUUAGUUUCAGCUGAAUAAAGGCCUCAAGUUAUUUUCAAAGCUUUAACCAACUGCUUAAAUCAACAUUGUAGUGCCUUAUGUAUUAAAAUAGUUCUGUGUUGGUUUAUGAUAUGUCUUCGAACAAGAAGUGAAGCACAUUUUACAGGAUAUAAGUCUUGAAUAUUAGUCUUCCUUGAAGUCCUGAGGUUGUACUUGAUACGGUUAAGCAGAACCCUAUUUUAAAAAGGAGGAUUUUAAGGAUCAUCUUGCAGACAGACCUGACAAAGCAUGAUUUUCAACUUUGCUCAAAUCUGCCUUAAACGUUUGUUAUUGUGGCAUCAGUUAAAAUCAUCAGAAAAUCUAUUUAUUUUGGAUACGAAUUACUGCAAAGUUUCAGCCUGUGUGUGACCCUCUGAAUGAAGCAAAAGUGUUUAAACAAUACAAAAACACAUGGAUGAGAUAAAUUCAGAAAAUAAAUGGAGAAAACACGAGUAUACUCUGAGCUGCUCUGUCAUUAUAAGUGGAGUCAACGAUGCUCAGUAAACCUAUCCCCUUCUUAAAAAACACUUAAACUCCAAAGCAGCAAAAGUCGUGUUUUGUUGUCCCCCUUUUUGAAUUCUCGAGUUCACAUCUUCAAAAUAAAAGCCUCCAUUGAAGCUGUAACAAAGAGAGGAAGUGCCUGCUCCUCCUCCUCCAGCCCUGCUGCUUCCAACACGAUCAAUAAACAGCCAUCGGGCUGUCUGCCAUUGACAGACGUCUGUCUCAUGCUGCUGCCAGAGAGAGCUCGGUGCUAAUGGAGCUGUUAGAAUCUCUGCAGCUCUUUAGAGCAUCUAUUGAUGCUGUAUUGUGUCUGCUGUCCCCUCACGGUCCUUUAUCCUGUAAGAAAGGAGACAUGAAGCAAUUCUGGUGUUUGUGCAUGAUAGAUAGAGUCCGUAUAAGUUUCCCUGAAGAAAAAGAGCGAUUGACAUUUUUGGAGUAAAGACAAGUGAAAAAUUCCCCCAGCGAGGGACUUCUUUGGGAGUUAGUAGGGUAAAAAGUCGCCCAUCAUUAUAAAUGUUAAUAGAAAUGAGAUUGAAUUCUAAUCAUGUCAAUCUGAAGGUGGAUGAGAUUGUCCUACAUUCAGAAACUCUGGAAACUGAAAGCAGGAAGCGGCUGCUAUUUUUGGACGAGCUCACCCAGUUCAGUCAGGAGUGGACGGGUGCCGUCUUUCCUGGGAUUCUGUCACAGUGGUGUGGUUUGGUAAUUUUAGGCUGGAGGUUUCUGAACGUAGCGUGGAUUCUGUCAUACAGCACAAGCAUACCAGAAAACAGAAAACCAGAGUUUGAGUUUGAUGGAUGUCAGUGGGUUAGGAUCUGUGUUUGACCUCAAAGGACGAAAAUACAGAGAGCUUACAUUACAGCUGAGGGCCAGAGUAUGCUAACAAAAAGAUGGUUUCAAGUGGCAUCAUGGGAAUUGUAGAAUGGCCAUAUUUGGAAGUCUGGAAAAGAUAUAUCUGACUCUGGUUUUGGGAGUAUCACCCUUAAUCUGAGAUCCUUUUUACCUCGUUAAUACUGAUGAAGAAGUGAUAGUGACGAAGAAGAGAGGAGAGCUGACACUGAGGAUGUUUAGUGUGGAAGACAAAACAAGAUCUCUAACGUUUAUGUACUUUGUGUUUUCAGAUCUGUCCAAGAACCGUCUGUGUGAGCUGCCUGAGGAACUGUGUCAGUUCAUCUCUCUGGAGACGCUCAGCCUCUACCACAAUGGGAUGCGUUCACUGUCAUCCAGCCUGGGCAACCUCCAGGCCCUCACCUACCUCAACCUCAGGUAAUGCAGCACAGAUCACAGGCUACCAUCCAGCUCCAGCCAGCAUUCACCUCCCCAUAUGAUCAACUACUUUAGACCAAAUAGGGAUGGGUUAUAGGUUUACAGUUCCUGGAUAUCUACCUAUGCCUUGUGGAGAAACCGAACAUCUACGCCUAAAAAUACUAAAGGGAUGCAAAUCUGUGGAUGCUUUAAGAUCAGAUCAGAAGAACUUUAUUGAUCCCCAAAGGGAAUUUUAAUAAAAGAUGUUUAGUUGUAGUUUGUGGUCAUGUCCAAGAUGUUGAAUACCAGGACAUUUCAGGAGGUUUUCAUGUGCUGCUGAGCCAACAGCAAGGACAUAAACCAGGCCUGAGCUGGUUUAAACAAGGCAGAAGUGGACUAACUUAAUUAAAACUGAUGGUCUGCCCCUUCUGCUGUUAGGAAAUGAUCCCCAUGACCAGAGUCCAGUAAAAGAUUCAAUCCAAACAGGUUAUAUCCAUAAAGGUUUGCAAAUUACUUCAAAUCUCGAAGGACUGUAUGGUCAUGCUCAUGUUGUCUGUGAUCCAUCUUACUGUAACAGUGCAGGUUCGGAUCCUUCUUCUUUUUCAGGUAAACUGCCUCAGCGUCAGUGCUCCUGAAGAUGGAAAUUCAGAGCUCUUUAAGUGAUCCAAAUUAUGUAGUUAAGCAAGAUAAUGGAGAAGGUUUAUGGACAAGAACCGGCUUUUUUAAGCAGCUUUGUAGUGGUUAUGAUCUGGAGAUGCAUGAUGGUAAUAUAACUUGAUUUUUAUCUAACUUCAACUCUGAAUAAAACACACUUUUUAAAAAAAAUGUUAGCAUUAGAGGAUAUUUUUACAUUUUAUGAAAAGGAUCAAGCUGGUUUCUUCAUGUUUAUGUGGCCUUUUUCUGCCUCUAGACUGAACUGGUGUAUCAUCUUUUAUGGGAAUGCAGCUGCAGAAGGUAAACAGAAAAUAUCUGCACAAGGGGUGUCCUGAUAGGAUAUUGAUAUCGGAUGUUGGUCUGAUAUCGGCAAAAAAUUGAAUAUCACAUUAUAUGGGCCUGCAUCUGAAAUGUCUGAUACCAGCACUCCGAUACAAGCAGUCCAUUUCAGACUCCACUCCAGCACCUCUAUCUAGCAGCUCUCAGAUCCAGCAUGAAGAGCCGACAUGAUCAUAACAACAGUGUGUACUAAGGUACUAAUAAAGUAGCAAGGAGUAGGAGUGAUGUCGGCCCUGUGGCAGAAUUUUCCAUGACAGUCCGAAAAAGACGUUGCAGCUGAGUGCAAAACUUGUCAUGCACAAGUUUGUGCUAAUAUCGGUAUCGGCCGAUACCGAAGGCUACAAUAUCGGAUUCGUAUCAGAGGUAAAAAAGUUGUACCAGGACACCCCUAAUCUGCACAUCCUGCUGCCCAUGCUUGAUUGACUUCUACCUGAUCCAAAUCUUUGGUCCAAAUCUUGUAACUUUAACAAGAAGUUUCUGGCUUUGCUUCAGAAAAAAGUCUGUGUGUCAAAGGAUGAAAAAUCUCCCAAACAAUACAUUAAGAAUGGUAAUUGCAUGCAAAGUUUGCACUGUCCUCACCUCACAGAUUUAAGUCUGCAGGAGCACCAGACGCUCAGCUGCUGUUUGAAAACCUGCAUCUAAACUGGAGUGUUUGUUUUCGCUGGAGAAGAAGAGAGUUAACUGCACCAACACUACUCAAAACUGUAAUUUCACUGUUACUAGGAGACCAGAAACCCCCCCAGAUGGCUGCAGAGACAAGUGAAAGCUCAGGGCAAAUAUACUGUAGAUCUAAAAAUAAAUAUGCUGCUACAAACUGUGUUCAGGCUGGUGUAAGAUUGAAUUCAACAUAAUGGCAGAAAGAGCAGCAAUAAAGCUGUGUGUGGGUUUGUGUGUGUUUUUGUCUCCACAGUCGUAAUCUUCUGUCGAGUUUGCCCCCGUCAGUGUUCCAGCUCCCCCUCCUGAGAGUGCUCAUCGUCAGCAACAACAAGCUGUGCUCACUGCCCGCCUCCAUAUUCUCCCUCACACACCUCCGACAGCUGGUAUGAUAUCCACACUCCCACACACACACACAUGCUAAAACACACCGUCCCUCUGUGCUGUAAUCCACUCAGAAAAUAUCCUCUUACAACAUGAAUGUCACCUUUUUAAACUGUGUGUAAGACAUGCAAGUUUCAGCAGUUUGAGUGUGUGAUUUCUGUGUUUGUGUGUCAGGAUGUAAGCUGUAAUGAGCUGCAGUGUUUGCCUGCAGAGCUCGGGCAGCUCGAGUGUCUGAGGGACUUGAACCUGCGGAGGAACCAGCUCACCACUUUGCCUGAAGGUACAGACACGUCUCCGACAGCCUCAGGAUGUGAUUUUAAGUGUGUGACAACGUUUCAGGAGUGAUUACUCCAGAGAGAAUUUUUUCUUGAUGGAAAAAGACGAUAUUCAAACCAGAAACAGAACUCCCACCACGUUUUUCUAAGCCAGCAGACCUCACUGACACGACUGUAAUUAAAGCUCCCAGAGUAGGACUUCAUCGCCCACAGACGCCUGGAUUGUUUAGUAUUUUUCUCUUGUUGUGUGCUUUUAAAAAACAAGGCUGCAGUCGUGCUAAAACAGAAUCAAACUUACUGACCACAGCAGCCUUUGACCAUAAAACUUCUUACUACAAAGUAGAGAUGAAAUGAUUCCUCGAAUAUCUCGGUUACAAAAAAAGAGCGAGGUAUUUCCUCUGCCUUGAGUACUCGUUUAUGAGCUCAAAUCGUCACUGUUUCGCACACAUUAUUUUCAAGGUGACACAACGCACUAACGUCACCACAGUAGAAGGAGGAGUAAGCGUGGUUUUGGUUUUGCGGAGCGGAAAAAAUGAAUGAUGAGAGGCUUUUGUUCUGCAGAGCUCCAGAAGCUCAUUAGCUUUAUGCCCUGAGUCGUGGGCGGAGACAGCGCUGCUCUGCACCUUCCUCUUCAUGCUAGCUUGCAGUCUAACAUUGCUGGGGUAGUAGCAAAAGCAGGUAACACAGGAGCUAUUCAGCUUUCUUACGAGCAUUGCAAUCCGCUAACGCACACACUUGUUUCGCGUUCCUUGUUUCGAAAGAAGGAAAACAAGUGAAUUUUCGUUAUUAAGUUUAAUGUCUUAUUUUCUCUUGUAUAUUAAUAAUUGCACUUUAACAAAAAAAAGCUAUGUUUUGUCCGAUUACUCGAUUAAUCGAUGGAGUAUUUGGUGGAAUACUCGAUUACUGAAAUAUUCGAUAGCUGCAGCCCUACUACAAAGAGUUAAACUCCAGUGACGAAACUCCAGGAAAGUUCCUCCAAUCAUGAUGUUUUCUGGGAAUUUCUCCUGGAUCCUGGUAAACAUGAGCUUCCCUUAAAGCAUGUUGGACCUUUAGAAAGAAAGAGUGUUGGGGGGAGUGAGGAGGACUUCAAGAGGUUUAACAGUUUGUCAAGAAGAGGAGGAGGAAACAGCAGAGAGAGAGAGAGAGAGAGAGAGACUCAUUACACACUAGUUGCUCGUGUGGUGCAGACUGCCAUGAAAGUGGUAGGGAGGACUGAAAGCUCUUUCCUGCAGUCCAUGUACAAACAGUCUGUUCUCAGGCAAGCACAGUGAGCUUUAUCCGAUCCUUUUCACAUCCUUUACCCUGAGUAUGAACUCCUACCGUCUGGUAGACGAUACAGAGUCCCCAAAUGUAGACUGGACCAUUUUAAAAACUCAUUUGUGCCCUCCUCAAUUAGGUUUUUACAUAAUGUUUCCUAAAAUAUAGUUUAAUAUGUUUCCUAAAAUAUGUGCAAUGAUUUCAUGGUGUUAUCUUGUUAUCUUGUCAUUUUCUUUUUGGUCUCGCUUGCCUUGUCUCGCCUUGCUGUGUCUAGUUCUUUGUUGUUGUCUAAUGUCAGUGUGUUUCUUUUGACCAUGUCUGUGGGAUUCUUGUGCAGUAUGGGUAUGUGCAAUGUGCAUGGGUUGUGUGAUUGUGUCUUUGUUAGGUCUCGUACUUUGUGUCAUCAGUUGGCAGCUUUAUCUGUGCAGCUCUUGGAGUCCAAGACAAAUUUCGCUAAGGGGAAAAUAAAGUGUAUCGUAUCGUAUCGUAUCGUAUCGUAUUGUAUCGUAUUGUAUCGUAUCGUGUGGUACUGUAUCGUACCAUACCGUAUCGUAUCGUACCGUAUAGUACCAUACCGUAUAGUACUGUCUCGUAUCGUAUCAUACUGUAUCGUACUGUAUCGUACUGUACUGUAUUGUACAAUAUUGUAUCGUACCGUACCGUUACAUAUCCUAUCGUAUCAUAUCAUAUCGUAUCGUAGUUAUUUAUUAUACAUAAUGACUGUAUUUAAAAGAAAAAGCUGUAAUAGAGCAAAUAUACCUAGAUGGACAGCCAAGGUUUUGAUGGUUCUGUCUGAGAGAUGCUGCUGUAGAUAAAAGUCUAAGAGGCCGCUGCAUGCGUACUAAAACAUUCUGGAGGAUUUAAACUAUAACAGACUCUCUUUAGUCCCAUGGCUGCUGACUGAAGCUCUCCUGUCACAGUUUUUACACUUUUUGUGCCUCUUUUUUUUUUCAUGCAGAUGCUAAAUCUGUCAAAUCUAAAAGUCAAAUUGACCUGAGGCCCAGAUGUCAGACUUUUCAAUCAACUCCUCUGUUUUUGCUCCGUCCAGAAAUAUCCGAGCUCCCUCUGGUUCGGCUCGAUGUCUCCUGCAACCGCAUUUCCCACGUGCCCUUGUGUUACCGCCAUCUCCGGCACCUCCAGAGCAUCGCGCUGGACAGCAACCCCCUCCAGAUGCCCCCCGCGCAGAUCUGCUCCAAGGGCAAAUACCACAUCUUCAAGUACCUCAACAUGGAGGCCUGCAAGAGGGGCCAGGAGGAGCUGGAGAGACACCUCAGGCCCACUGGCUUCAACAGCUGGUGAGAGACGAAGCUGGACGGGGUUUUAGAUGUUUUAGAUAACGCACAGCAGGUCAAACAAGAUUAUACUGAAGAGGAAAUAUGAGAGGCAGGGGGCAAAGUUAUGUAGAGUCAGGAAAUCAGCAGGAAGCAGACUAGAUCAAAUAUUUAUGGACUCUAGUGGACCUCUUUAGUUCCACUUUUAUGAAACAGGGUGGACCAAGGACGGAGAUAAGAGAGUAUUUAACAGAGGAGCUCUCAGAGGACAGAGACAUGAGUCACUGCUCUGCAGACCGAUGACCUGCUGUGUAACAGUUUCUGUUUUGGACACAGUUUGAAGUUAAAAUCUGCCCGUUUCUCUGCAGUCUGUCUGACCAGGAGCUGUUCUCGGGUCAGUUUGGAGGUCUGGAUUCUGGAUUCAACAGUGUGGACAGUGGCAGCAAACGCUGGUCUGGAAAUGAGGUAAUACACUGAACACACACAUUAACCACACAGUCAUUUAGACGCUGCUGCACCUGCAUGAAACUUCAGCAAUCCUGUAAAAUAAGAUAUUUGCAAGAAUACAGAGGGACACAUUUGAAAUCAGCAAGACUGGACUUUUUCUCUGUGAGGUUAGUAAUAUGGGAAAAACAAGAUUAUUUUAUCCACUAAUCCAGCGUAAACUCAGAGUUUUGGAUAACCCUACAGUACAGUCGUCCUGCAGGCUGAAUCUGGUGCAAUCAAUUGAUCAAUCAAUUUGUAUUUAUAUAGAGCCAAAUCACAACAAUCAGAGAGACAAACUUUGCUUUUUUAAAAAGCGGGAACACUGUUUACAAGAAUCAAGACAACAUUUCUCAUCAGCACAUUCACCUGCUCUUCUUUCUUCUUUCUAAUAUGUUGAUUUGUCACAUCAACGUCAUCCCUCACAACUCUAGUGUCACAGUCUGUGCUUCAGGGUCCUAAUAAAUGCAAGUUUAUAUGAAGCUGAUGUGACUCUUUAGUCCUUAAAUAUUAAAUCCUCCACCGGUGUAUGAUUGUGAGUGUUGUGUGGUGGUGGUCGGAGAGGCCGUAGGUGCAAACUGGCAGCCACGUUUCCGUCAGUCUGCCCCAGGACAGCUGUGACUACUAAGGUAGUUUACCACCACCAACAUGUGACUGUGUGAGUGAAUGAAUGAUGUAUCCAAUGUAAAGUGAUUUGAGGGUCUCUGAUAAAGCGCUAUAUGAAAUCUGAUGCAUUAUUAUUAUUAUUUUAGGGUGAGUGUCGAACAUCAACUUUGACUUUGGUCACUUAAAUUCAAAGAAUCAAAGAAACACUCAGUCUAGCUAAUGAUGAACAUGCUUUACUCAGCAGGCAGCAUCAGAGUAACAGUGAGACUAUUUUUAAAAAUCACCUCUCAGUGCUUUAAAAAUUACACGUACACAGAAGACCAUAUAAAUCACAGCCCAGCGUUCAAUAGAAUUGAUCACAGAUCAAUAACUCAGUGACUCUGUCCUUCUGUGUGUUCAGUCAGCAGACGACUUCUCUGAGCGCUCCCUCCGCCUGGCUGAGGUCAGCAGAGACCAGAGGAACCUCGAGGAGGAAGAGGAGGAGGAUGGAUCUCCUCUGGGGGCCAAUAAAGGUGAGGAAGGCCGCAGUGAGGGCUGUUAUAAUCUGUAUUUAAUGCUGGAAACAUCUUAACCUUAAAAUUUGUUUUUACAGUGAACGGAGACGCUGAGCAUGUGGACUUCAUCGACAGCAGUGUGACAGAGGAAGAGGAGGAGGAGAUGAGGAUGGACCCGCCCACGCCUCCUCUCACGGGACCUCCUUUGGUACUGAGCUGUGGUGUCAGAUCCUCUUUUUGUGUGUCAUUUCCGAAGUGAAACUUAUUGACUGUGUGAUUGAUUUCAGGAGCAGAAGGAGAGCUCUUCAUCAGCCCAGACGCAGGACUCAUCAUCAUGCAGGUCAGUCCUGUAAAUGAAAACUCAACAUGUGUGUUUGUGUGUACAGAGGGACAGAGACAGAUGAGGGUUUUAUCACUUUUUCUCCACUUCCUUCCUGGUCGGUCACCUCAGAGUCAUUUGAAGAGCUGGGAAAAGUCAACAGCCUGCAGCUCUCAUUACUGACAGAGUCCGUCCCUCUCUGACACUGAAGCUCUGCAGGCUGUGGGAUCGUUAAGGCUGUUAUCUCACAGAGCCAACACUCACUGCUCAGCUCUCCCUGUUCAGACAUGCAGCACAUGAGCAGAACAGCAUGUUCUGGAUCAUUUUAGGCUGCUGAAAGUCAAUGUUUAACUCAGAGUAUCAGCGGGAGAGUGACAAAGAGUUUCAGCAGAUUCAGAAUACCAUCAAAUCUGGGAUCAGGUGUCUGUUUUAGGGGUCUCAAUAAACAGUGUGGAGGAUUUUCAUUGCACCCAAAGCCUCCAGUGUGCAGUUUCUGUGUGGCUCUCUAAAGGACCAUCUAUGUGGAGUUUGCACUUUUGAGAACUGUGGAAGGGUUUGUGGUGACCAAAGACCAGGAACCAAGUCUUGGACCAAUGCAACAAAGACUGAGCUAAACCGCCCCCCCACUAUCAUACAGGGAUGGGUACUGUUUCAUUUUUGCACCUAACAAAAAAAAAUUGAUGUUAACGAACUUCAGAAACACACAAACUUCAUGUAAACAAGCUCCUACUCUUGUAACUUGGGUUAUAAUGCUUCUGUGGUUCUUUUUCUAAUAAUCAGAGACUUUGAAAUAGGGCUGGGCGAUAUGGCCUCAAAUCAAUAUCACUAUAUAUUGAGCUGUUCACCUUGAUAACGAUAAAUGGACAAUAACUACUCCACAAGCUGCUCACCCCCUCCCACAUUAACUUCGUCUACUUCAGCCACUCCUACUUAUUAACCUUCCUCCAUCUCCUCACCUGUCUUUGUCUUUGUUACGGACUGGAUGGGGUGGAGUCAUGUUUCUGACUUAGGACAGCGUCUUAAAGGGACUUGAGACCACAGCCUACCUACACAAAUCCAAAACCAACUUUUAUCUAUUUAUUUAUUUGACACUGAGUAAAUAGUAAAUAAAGUAAGUAAAUAAAAAGUAAAUUUUUGGUUCAUCGCCCAGCCCUACUCUGAAAGGGUUAAAUUCAUUAAUAUUUGGUGUCUUGUGCUAAAUUUUCUCAUGCAUUGGUUACAAAAUAAAGUGCAAAACAGCAAAGCCAAAUAAAGUGCAGGCACGGACCAAAAGAGCUGCAAUGUUGAUAAAACUGAGACAGAAAUAUGAGCACAGUAUCGUCCAAGAAGUGAGAAAAUGUGGCUGCAAGAAGUUUAAUUUGUCGCUCAACAAAAAGAUCAACACAGCGAUAUAUAAGUCGAUGAACUUUUGGAGAUAAACUCUAACCCUGCUGAUUUCCUCGAUGUUUCUUCUUCUGCUGAUUGGAAAGAGUAAAAAUGAAGCACAUGAAGUUAGUGUGAGGGGAAAAGCUGCACCAAUACAGUGAAAGGAGUUUGUUGGCCACAUAUUAAUCUAAGAGAAGGACUCAGCAGAAACAGGCAGGAUGCUCUUCUGUCUGAAUCUGUGAGAACUUUCCUCAAACCUCCUAAACCUUCAUUAAUCCUCCUGAAAUGAUUGAAAUCCGUCAGACUGAGACAUUCAAUCAGCUGUUGCACAUCCCAGUCUCCUCCCUGCAAACCCUCAACAAUCAACAAACGGAUGUUUCACUUCUUGGCUUCCAGCACUUCCUCUGGGAUUCCUCAAAAUAGAAGCCAGAGACUUACAACUGAAACUUAGGCAGAGUUUGAAAAAAAAAGGACAGGAAGUAUCGGUCUUUCAAAUAAAGAUGCAUUUAUGACCUGAGUUUCUUUUUAAGUGAAGCGUAAAGGGCGGAAAGAAAAAAACUGAGAAUAAAAUAAUCUUUAAGGGAAAAACGAAGCCCUGAUAAUAAGAGGUUCUUUGUUAGUAUCUUUGGGAAUAAACGUAGGUUGAUACCCGGGUCCUUUUAGAGUCCAGAUUCUUCUGACAUCUUGACCCUGAUGAGUUUUUAGUUUGACACAUAAUAAUCACUGAAAUCUUUAUUCCAUGUGUUGCUCAGACAGCUGGCUGCUUUUCUGAAAUUCCCCUUUAUAAUAAUUCACAUACAGACCCUCUUUAAACUCUUUUUGUUUAACUUUCCUAUUUUCCCUAAAGUGUCCAUUUCUUAAAUUAAAUUUGUCUCUAAUAUUCUUUGUAGCCGCUCUCUGCGCUCAUUUAAUGUUUAUUGUGAUUACAUCAUGUGUUCAGAAAUUCAGAUUUACCUCUAAUAGUCGUUUUCAUCACAUUUCCAGAAACAGUUUAAAAAGUUCCUUUUUUCUCCUUUCUGAGACUUUUGCAGUUUUUAUCCUAAUCUGUAUAGAAACUAAGACAAUGAGGAACAAUAAAAAUAUAAAAUAUUGAAUCUCUGUGUGACUAAUUUGCCCUUUCACCUCCUCAGGUCCAGCCUCCACGUGGACAUGGGUCCCCCUUCAUCAUCAUCAGCCUCCUCCUCCCCCCUGUCCCCCUCCAGCCCUUCCCUGGAGGAGAGGAGGAGGCCGGGGAACCUCCUGAUCUGGCAGGAGAGAGAGCGUCUGCAGCAGCAGCAGAAGGAGAAGAGCAGGUGAGCGCUGACUUUAGAUGAACAUGCAGGUUAAAAAAAAAAAAAAACACCUUUAAGAGAAAAUAUGAGACCGUUUUGUUUGGAUUAUUGUAUUUUUAAAAGUUUAUUUUUGUCUGUUUCUGCUGAGGUUGGGGAAGAACUAAAGUCCAUGUUUUAAACAGGGUCAAAGUUCAUGACCUGAUUGGACACACAAAUCACAUGACAUGAAUUUCACUCUGUAUUAAGUGGUUAAAAGGCGAGUGUUUCCAGUUUUUAAAGACUGAAUCUCCUCUGUCUAACGGCUCUGUCUUCAUCUCAAACUGUGUCUUUGCAGCACGCUGAAGUCGGUCACCAGAUCAGGAAGUCAUGUGACCACAGCAGCGCAGCCAGGAAGUGUCUCAACGUGAGUUUAAACUCUGUAGAGAAACAAACACACAAAGAUUUGAACAUCACUCUGUGAAUUUAUACUCUCACACUCAUUAAUACACGACUCAGUCUGAAUCUUGACUUAUUAAUAUUUAGAUGUUAAAGGGCGUGUGAAGGGUCGUUUCUAACUUCAGGUGUUUGUCUCCCCCUAGUGGUGCAUCUCCAGAAAACAGCAGCUCACACUCAGGUCUGCGGCAGAGAUGUGCAGUGAGUUUUUCUCGUUUUCUCUCAGAGAUAAGCAGCUUAACUUAGUUUUUUUUUUUCCAACGAUUAAACCCAAAUGUUCUCUUUUGUUAUUCAGAGUGCCGACCAGGUGACCGCAGUUCAUCCUCUGACUCUUCUACAGCGCUCUGUCAGCAGAAUAGGUACAACACACACAGACACACACCUGAACUUGGCUUUAUUUGGCUCAGGUGAUAUUGAAAUGUUAGAUUAAUAGCUGAAGUCGUGUUUUUGUUAUCCCUAAGCCUUGAGCCUCCUCAUAUCCUCUCCAUCAGGCUCUAAACAAUUAUCUAUAUCAGAUGAACUCAGAGGCUUCAUGAUUUAAAUAAAUGUCUAACAUUGAUCCGGAUGUUUCUGUCAGAGAUGCCUUCCUCCCCGAAGACGUCUCCUCCCGCGGGUCAGGCCCAGAAACCAAACAGCUUCCUGUUUCGAACCUCAUCCCGCAACAACGUCAAACCCGCAGGUACACAAAGACAGAAUCACCUGAAUGUAAAGGAAGACUGUACAUCUGAGAGUCUGCGCUGGCUGCUCACAACAACAACAACAACAGCACAAACAGCAUAAACAACUCUUCACACUCUGACUCAGAGCUUGUGAAACAUUUUCACUUUGUUUUUAUUUUCUGUCUGUUUCAGUCUUUACUCUGGGUGAGUCAGGACGGAGUGAGUCACGUACGAUGCUGCGCUCACCGAAAGAGGAGAGAGCAGAUAUCACACAACUACGCAAGGUGAGACACAACAGACACACCUGCUCAAAGCUUAGUUAUUCUCAUUAAACUCUGAAUUGAGCUGUUUAUUUCACUUUUAACACCUCUAAACUACAUAAACAUAGAUCAAGUCUUUUACAGGGACAGAAUCAAAUAUUCUGUAUCAGCUUCUCUGCAGAUUUAAGAUGUUAAUUUUGCUCCUUCCUGUGGAGAAAAUUCUACAUUUAACUUAAACUUGACUCGUUUCUCCUCUCAGACUCUGGAGUCUCGGCUGAAGGUCACUCUUCCGGAGGAUCUGGGUGAAGCGUUAUCAAACGGCACCACCCUCUGUCAGCUGGUCAACAAUAUCAGGCCGCGCUCUGUCUCAAUCAUCCACAUUCCCUCCCCAGCAGUGGUGAGUCCCAAAAACUGUUCUCUCUGGUCAGUUUCUAUCUAUGACAACAACAACUGUGUGGAUAGGAAAUCAGAAAACAUCCUCAGGGAAGAGAAACAAAAUUUCAAGUAUCUUUUACAGAAACUACAUGACUUGAGUCCAACCUCAAGUUUCCACCCCCCUCCUUCCUUCUUAAACCUCUGACAUGUUUCUGCUCUCCUGACUAGGGAUGGGAAUUAAGAACCGGUUCUUGUUAAGAACGGGUUCCAAAUGGUUCAAUCCAUUGACAUCAUUUACAUUUUAUCUUAACGAUUCCCUUUACGAUUCCUUUCUUCCGGGUGCGUUUAAAAACGCUCUCGCGAGUGCCAGUCUACGCGAACGGGAACAGAGAAAACAAUAUGGCAGACAGUACGAAAAGUACGCAGAAACAAGCUAAAGAGGGGCCUAAUUUUAUUGAGACAGACAACAACAGUGCGACAUUUGUCGAGCAGUGAUAACUUGCAAAGGUGGGAACACCAGCAACAUGCUUAAACAUUUGUCAACGGGGCACAGCAUCACAUAUAAGGAGUCACAUGUAUUCAAUGCUCUCCGCCGGUGCUAUGCCGCAGAAUACACCCCUGCCGUAGAAUGCACCCCCUGCAUCCCAUCCACUCAUUAGCUUCUUAACGUGGAAGAAAAGGAUUUCAUAUUUAAAAAAACACUAAUAUUGGAUCAUGACAAUAUGUCAAAUUGAGCCGCAAACUUUGGUUCUGUUUUCAAGUCUCUCUAAAAUGCACACAGACGUGUAUAUUCGGGGGUAUAAACAUUAUAUUUUCGCGACAGCAAAUAUUCCGAAUCAGAGGGCUUUUGUUUUCGGCGUAUCUGAAUAGCCUGAAUGAAAUCAUUAAAGGCCUAUGCUUUUGAAUCCAUCCAAUGGUAAGGAAAACUUGGAUUGUUUUGCCUUGUUAAGUAGUUUCAACCACGCUCCCGUCAUUGAUGCAUUCUACGGCAGGGGUGCAUUCUACUGCACAACACCUGUUAACAACCGGUUCAUCAGCCGCUGCAGCCCUGUCUCAGCCCGGCAUGGAAGGUACGUAUGUUAGGGUGACCAUACGUCCUUUUUUACCUGGACAUGUCCUCUUUUUGGGGCUUUCCGGGGGAGUUUGUAAAAUCCUUCAAAUGUCCGGAACGUGUAUUCAGUCAUUAUAAAACAGUGCAGUGCAUCAGUACACUCUGCAGCUCUGUCCAUCCGAUCACUUUAGCCAACGACGCGAUGCAGCAUGCACUUCUGUCUUUGGGAAUUUGGAAUAAUAUGCGUUUAACUGAGUUAGAAGCGCAUAUAGACCGCUCGACCUUUCAAAAAAAAAAACUCACACAAGCCUGUGUAGUGUCGUCUUUUUGGGGAUUCAGAAUAUGGUCACUCUAACAUAUGUCCUGUGUUAACAUAAGCACAAUGUUUGCCAGAAACGCUGUACAAAUAACAUUUUUGUUUGAUUACUUUUAGACUCUCACUAAAGAUGGCAUCCAUCUUUUUCUGUUAUCGGUGAAACGGUGAAAACCUAUAGUCUACUUUUUUUUAAUUAAACAAAGGCAUUGAUAAGGGAAUCAUUAAAGAAUCGAAUCGAUAAGCAGAAUUGAUAGUGGCAUCGUUAUUGAUAAAAUCUUAUCAAUUCCCAUCCCUACUCCUGACUUGGUGAGGAGGUAGUUUCUAGCGUGGUGAAGACAGACCCUUUUGGGUUGUCUUCCACUGAAGAACAUUUACCAAACGGAGGAGAUUAGAUUUUUUUCCCCCUCUCAGUGCAGGACAAGAAUGUCAGAGAUUUAACAAAAUUUCUUAGACCACAUGGGGGCGCAAAAACCUGCACAAACACAUCAUUCCCCAAAGGUGCUUUAGGCUAGUUUUGCACAAAACUCCUGAAAACAUUGUGAAUACGUAGAGCUGUGCCAAAGGGUGAAAAAGCCAAAAUUUAUCCAGAUUUUAUUAAAACUUUUUCCUGCCAUUCGCUGAGUGAAUGUUCCUGCGUGGAUAAGGAUAAGCAGACGUAAAAAAAAAUCUUUUAACAGACGCCUGUUAAAUCAGGAUUUAUUGAAUCAUUGGAGUGUAAGAGGGAAUAUGACAUUUACAUAUACAAGAACUGAACAGGAGCAGAUCAAAAACCAGGAAGGAUCUUUUAUCACUUUGCUUAUCGUUACUCUGCUGAAAUAAGAGACUGUAUGAUGUCUGAGUUCUCCUGUGGCUCAUGUUUUUAAUAUUUUCAGCCAAAACUGAGCUCAGCAAAGAGUCGACUCAACGUUGAAAACUUCAUCGCUGCUUGCCGUAAGCUGGGAGUCCCUGAGGUAAGGUUUCAUCCUCACUUUUCCGUCUUCCCUGUGUAACUUCCUCACAUUGAAACGUCUGCGUUAAAUCAGUCACAGAGUCAUUGUUGAUUUUUAAUAAUGCAGAUUCAUGAAAUAAGAUUGUCCUUGAAAGCUCAGUCGUGUUGCAGCAUCAUCUGAGACAGAGUCAGACUGAUUCAAAGUCUUUGAUUCUAAAAUUGAUGAUGAUAUUAUCUGAAUCAGUCCGACUCUCGCUCCGCUCCAUGUUUUGUCUUUCUUCUUCUUCUCUCCUGUUUUUAACUUCCCGUAUCCUCCUCCUGUGUGUCCAGACGGACGUGUGUGUGUGCUCUGAUGUGCUUCUCUGUAAGCUGCCCGCUGUGUCGCGCUGUGUGGCCGCCCUGCUGGCCGUUGAGGACAGGGGGGAGACGGUGGAGGAACCCUCCCCUGACCACUCCUCACCUUCAUCGUCCUCCUCGUCUUCCUCGCUGCUGUCCACAGAUUUCCUGUUCUUCUACUGCGCCGCCAUGGCCCUGCUCUACGUCCUCUACUGCUACCUGUUCACCUAGAGGACACACAACACACAGCACUCAGAUAUACACACUUAGUGAGCUCAUGCGCACACACACAGGUACAGGUGUCCCCUUCAGACUCUGUGGCGUGUAUGUGUGUGUGUGUGCGUUCACACGGCUGACCGAGCACCUUUAAGAAACGGAAACACUAAAGCACAGAGGACCGAAAGCUUAAAACUGACGGACAAAGCUGAAGGAGGGAGUAGAGAGAUGCCUUAGCCUUCAUUCAGUGACGCACAGCGGGUUUGGAAGAGGCGGAGCUUAAGAUCUGAGGCUGCGCGGCUCUAGUGGGCGAAAUGAUCUCUCUGAAUGGAGCAAUAGAACCACAGCUGCUCUUGAACUGUAUAUUACAUGAACUCUAAGUCACGUUUAAGAGCAUAGAUGAACUAAUAAAUUUAUGAUGCACAAUAUUGAAAAUCUAGUUUCCCUUUACUCUAGUAAUUACGUUUUUUUCUUGGUACUAGGACUCAACAAAGAUACUUAAGGUUUUAAAAUUGUCAAAUUUUACGCAAUAAGAUCCCUGAGGAGGUUUAGUUUAACAGCAUUAAACGUCCAGCAAACCUCUAUCCAUAAAAAUGUUUAAAUGAUGAAUUUCAGCAGCUGUAGUUGUGUUUCAAGUCCAAAACUGUUUAUCCCAAGACAAACUGCCUCGUUAGCUCCUAAAUACGACUCUUUUCCUAAUACUUUACAUAUCCAGAUUAAACUUUAAAUAACAGAGUAAACACUGCUUUAGAGUUAUCAAACAUUUCUGUUAAAAAAGUACAAUCACAAACUGAGAGGAACAGUUUCAUUAACACAGUAAAAGUCUGUUCGAACUCCAGACAAAUGAGAGCUUUAAAAACAGCCUUUCCAUGACCAUAACCCCUCUGAACACAUUGGUCCUGGUUCUGAAAAAGCCAGUUAGUGUCUUGUUACUACACUGGCACUUUCUGCCUGUUAAGUUGGGGCUGGACCAGGCUGCUAAAGACAGAUCAGCUGGACUUCAUUUCUGUCGAUCUGGACAAAAGAUUGUGGUGUUUUUUUUAUUGUAAAUGAGGCAAAGACACUUUGACUGAAGCGAACAAUAAUCGUUAUAACCUGUAGGACGAAAAACAAGCAGCCAAUGCAGAAGUGUAAAAAAGUGCUGUUCCAUGACUGUCCACUAGAGGUAGACUAAGAAUCUCAGAGUCAAUACUGAGAUAAUCCACCUGACUAAUACAGAGAGUUAAACAUAAUCACAUAUAAGAUCUACAGCUGAGUUUACUGAGGGCUGGGUGAGAUCUCUUUGCCUGUUUCUGGACCUUUAUGCUGUUUUUUCAGCUCAGACCUGUUAACUGCAACUUAACCACAAGAAAAUCUGGUUCAUUCUCUUGAAGUAACUCAGAGUGAAACUUCUGUGUAACUGAGUAUUUACAGUGAAACUGAGACUCACUACAAACUGAUGGAAAGGUGGUUCUCUGAAGGAUCUAAUGAACCAUGAAAGGACCAACUCUCAGACUUAUCAGGAGGGGUGAAUUUCUCUUCCUGUAUGAUCUGGACGUGGCUGUUUCUCAAGUCGUAAAACUGACUGAAAAGAACGUAGAGCACAGAAAGUUUUAACUGGGAGUUAUUUGUUCACAGGUGUGUCUUCAGAGACUCAAGGACUCAGCUUUAGUUCCUUCUUUUUGUCUUUUACCAGAUUGAUUCAAAGUUAGAAGUUGAGUAAACAUUUCCAACCUCGUGGCCAUCAGUUUUGGUUUCAUAACCUCUUUGAAAAGUAACUGUCAGCUGUGAGUCCAAAAUGUAGAAACCUGCUCUAAUUUGCAUCUUAAACCAGCUCCAAACAUCACAGAGAGAGGAUUUCCAAUAAUCACAUUUCAGACUAUCUAAAGAAAAGAAGGCAGGGAAACUGACUGAGGCCACAAAUAAAUAAAUGUAAUUAAAGUGAAGUUAAAAACAACUUCAUCUUAACUUUCAAAGCUCUGAAAUAUUAUACUCACCAAGUUUUACCCUUAAAGUCCACAUCACCUAAGUUAGUCAUCUAAAAAAAGGGAUAAGAGCAAGUAUCCCUUUCGAUAUUUAAUACAUAAUUUAUACUUAAAGCUGUGAAAUAGGCCUUUAAUAUAAAUUCAGAUGUUAGGUAAUAUCUGACAAGGCUGAUGGCUAAGGGUAGAUCCUAGAAAACUUCACCUAAACUAGAUGAUUUUCUCUUUACAGCUCAUUUCUGACACCGUGGCUCUGUUUCUCACUUAGAGAUGAUUUCUUCCUCCAGAGCAGCUCGUCUUCAGAAAUAAUUUCACUCCAGCGUAAAUUUAGAGAGAGAAGCUGUAAAGAAACCUGAGACUGAACUGUGAAUGUGAUUUUUAGCCUGGAAAAAGACACAGGUUUGAUAAAAACGGACCCUGGAUGUUGUAAAGUGAGAGAAAUGAUACAGUGCCUCCUCUUAUUUAACUGGCUCUUAUUGUAAUGUCUGCUACUCUGACUGUGAGCAGCAGGGGGCGGUGUCGCUGCGUCGAUCCCCUGCAGGCUUCAAACUGACGGUACAGACUCCUGCAGGAGGUGUGUGUGCGAGAGAGAGAGAGUGUGUGUGUGUAAGAGAGAGAGCGAGAGUGUGUGAAGUCUUUUUUGUGGUGGUCGCUCUGACCUGCUGACCGCCAUGUUUGUAUAAAUGUAAACAGGUUAUUAAAUUAUUGUUUUUUAUUUAUUUUGUGUUAUUUUUGUUUCUGCGGUGAGUCAGCAGAGGUUUCCCUCUCAGUCACACUCACAGGUAAAUUACAUCAAAUCAAUAUUCAAUUAUUCAGAGCUACAAUAACAUCAAUGUCCUCUGAUUGGUUUAUGAUUGAUUAUCUGGAGGCUGCACCUUUAUCUGAGCGGUAAACGGCCUCUGACUUACAGCUCACUUAAGUUUAACGUGUGCAGCUCUACACAGAUUAGAAACUGAUGCUGGAGCAUGAGAUCAACACAGAGAUUUGAGGUUUUCUGCUGCUAAAGACUAAAAAUGGGAUCAUUAAUAUUUCCUAAAGGUCUCUGAUCAAUAUUUAAACCAGAAACAGCCCUUUAGACUUCCUACUUUAACUAUUUACCCUUAAAAAAAGCAACAAAGAUUGAGGAAAAGAUCCUUUUAGUCCUAAAUUUCUUCAUGGGCUCUGAAAAUAUAGACCCCAAAGUCACAGCAAAUAAACACUCAUAAUUAGGCCAAUAUAAGAAAAUAAGGUAAAUAAACCCCUGACAUAAUUAACUUUUUCUUUUUCAUCCCUUUAACUUGAUAGACUUUGAUUAAAGUUAAUUUCCAUGUUGUUGAAACUGUUAUUCCAAAAUCAAACUUCAUGAAUGGCUCAUAUUAAUGUCACGUUUAUCACCUUUGAGGUCUUUGCCUUAAAUGCAGAAGUUAACUUGCUGUUUGUGAGUUUGUAGUUCAGCCUAUCAUCCUUUGGUACCUGCUGUGAACAGAAGCUACUGUUUAGGAGCUUUACAUUAUUUGCACAGACAGUUCACAGAAUCUGAUAAAGUUUGGUGUGAAGUAUCAGCUGGAAACAAGUUCAAGUGACAUGAAAUAUAGUUGUGAAAACGCUAAAUAAAUAAAAAUUAACUUUUAAAUGAACUUUACUUUAAAAAACCAUCUCUUAUUUGAAGGUUAUAUUUAUUUAAAAUGAGCAGCCCUUUACUUCCACAGAAUUUAUACAUAAUAAUAUUAGAUUUUUUCUGUCUUUGGCCCAAAUUAAAAAAAUUACCAUCCAAAUUCAAUUCAUAACUCCAGAUUUUAUUUACUGUCUUGACUUCAGCGCUCACAUCCUCGUCUCUGCUGUCAACCUGAGGUCAGAAAGUCCGCUGUAAAAACUUCCCUCGUCAUGUCUGGAGCUUUUUUACUCGCCUGCUGUUAAUAUGAAAUUUAUACUGUUUCAAUGUAAAUGUCUAUUUUAUAAGUGAAUCUGGAGGAGCAGCUCUCACAGGUUUAGACCCACUUAUAUUCUUUAACAUGUUAGCUAAACGGACACAGCCUUUGUAUUUUAUAUUUAUAUAUGACACUCUGUAUUAUUAAGAGUCUUUUUUGAGUUUAUAUAAAUCUAAAUGUAAAGUUUGUUUUUCUGCCCGCUGUAAAGAAUUUAUUAAAACUCUGAACUUUGACCGUGUUGCUGUUUGUCUGCUAACCUGCUGAUGUGCUUUUGCUUCAUGAGAUCUUUGUACGUGAUCAGGGUGUCUGCAGCUAACUGCAAAAUACAGGGAAUAUUAACUGUAGGUUGAAUUACUGGCUUUUCAUGAGGCUUUAAACUGAAUCUCAGAGUUUCAGGUGACAUGAGUAUAAAGAACUAAUCACAUUUCAAUUUUUAUCUAAGUUUAAUUUUAAGUUCAGUUUGAACUAGAUUGUAGUUUUUAACUUAUUUGGCUAAAAAAUUGAAAAGCAGUUUAAAAAGGAAGUCUGGUGGUGUUCAUUUUUUUCUUUUUAACACAUCAAAUUAUAGGUUUGUACAAAAACUAACCAACAAUAGCUGAAAAGAUUCAUUAUUGUAAGUCCCCAUCCAACUUUGUUUUCAAUUAAGUCUGUGGCUUUAAACUGAAUUGACUCGCUGCUGCACCCCUGUGGACAAAAGGAGUAACACUUUUAGUCCAUGUUAUAGUGGGGUCAGGUCAAACAUGCUGCAAUUGCAGGUGGAAAAAAAAUGGAGCCCAAAACCUGCAGUACUUCCAGUGUCUGCUAGAGGCUGUGUCCUUCAGUGAGUCAGUCCCCAUAGAGCCUUUAUAACAAAAUAAAGUAGAACAUAAAGAGAGAUGCCCCACUUAGAAUUGUAGCAUGUGUUGUAACAACAGAUUUCAAAUUAAUUUUGACAUUUCUCAGAUUUUAUGAUCAAAAAUCAACAUUUUUCUUUUGCUUUUCUGCCAAACUUCCAAAAAUAUAUUUGAGCUAACAUUUUUUAAGUACAGAAGAAGAAAAGAGCAGGAGUCUUUCCUUUAGUACCACAGAGUUUAUAAAGACUCAGGCUGACCUCCCUCAGUCGGUCACUUUUCCACAGUAUCUGUUUGGUUUAGUCCAGGCUGGGAAAUCAAAAAACCUUCCACAUAUCUUUGGUCUUUUUGAUAAGGAGGAGGUUAAACAUAAACACCAGACUUCCUCUUUAAAUGCACCAAAUCUGCAGUUGUUGUUGAAGGUGAAAGAAAAGCUGAAUCCUGUGAGCAGUUGUGCAGAUACCCUGAUAAGACUCCAAUGUGCUGUGUGCUUUAACCUCUCCAGAAGCUUCUUUGUGCUCUCUGAACAGCAGGUUUACCUUCAGUUUACCUUCAUAAAACCCAGCUGGCCUGUGUGGGAGCAGGUGAGUGUGUUCAGGCGAGGUCAGAGUGAAAAAAGCAGGAACCAUUCAGGAGGUUUGUACUGCACCUUCACAAAGAGUAGACUUAAUAAACAGCUGUGCUCUUUCAGAUUCCUCUGAUCUGCAUGGCUUUAGUUCUCACACAAACACCCAUACACACACACCACUGGAGCUGUGUCGCUGCAAACUAUACCGUUCAGAUUCAGACUUUAAGGUCCACUGGCUGAUCAAGCAAUCAGGACAGCCUGCAGCACCCAUUAUGUAGAUUUAAUAUUUCUCACAGACUUACCUGGAAAUGUCACUUUUUGUGGGUGGAUGAGUUCCUGUGGAGGGUUUUUAGGGGUCACUGAGGACGGCCUGGAGGGAAAUCUGAAAAGAGAAAAAGGUAAAAUCACUACAGGAGACAAUAUCCACAACAGACAGACUGGAAAAGAACCUAAAAAAAUCAGACUAAACCUUGAAAACAGAGUGUGAAAGACUUCCCAAUGAUAUAAAACCCAGUUACAUCAAACCUGAUUCAGAAAUCUGCUUUUAAUUCCAAGGUUGACUCUUUCAGAGCAAGAAAACUGUUCAACCAAAGUUUAAACAAAGAGGACAAAAAAGGGGUUACCAAGCCGGUGAUCAGCUGAGUUAAGUUUGAUGUUUUAUUCAGGGGCCUGGCCUCAAAAGAGAGGAACUUUCUGUUAUACUGAAAGUCAAAAUAAUUAUGUUCUGCACGUUCAGGUGCAUAUAUGGAAUGAAAAAGCCUGAAGCAGGGAGAGCACAGUCUUCCUUUCAAGUGUCAUGUGCACACAGGAAAAGCCAACGCAGAGUAGCAGCAAAGCUAACUAGACAGUUGCCUGGCUCAUCUCGUGUCACUUACAGCCGAAAUACUGGAACUGUAUUGUUGGGACAGGUGUUAUUGUUAAAAGAAGCCAACUGGCUAAAUGUUGGGGAAGUUGUAAGUGAAGCCUCUGCUGAAACUACUUUUAGCUAAAGUAAAAUUAAACUAGCGCCCCAUGGGGCACCGACGUGCCACUACCUCUGUAAACCACCUUCCCAGCGCACUGCCACCAUUUUGCUCAACCUGCCAUCACCGGUGCAAUGCUCUCCACAGCAGCCCUAACCUUUAUGAUAGUUGGUACUUGUGACUGCCUUUGAGUGUUGUAGGUCACUCACUAUGAAAAGAUAUCAGAAUUGGAAAGGACGCCAUGGCCACGCCCUGGCCAUGACUUUUGCAAAAAGUAUGCAGUGGCCCAACCCCACUGCAUAAUUUCAUGAGUUUUUGAGCCCUUAAUACUGUAAUUAUUAUUACAGUAUUAAAAAAUAUCAUUGUAAGGAUGUAAAAAAAAAUCAUAGUUUGGUAUGAUAAUAUAAAAUUGUAUGACAAAAAUCUAACUGUAUAGUUUAAUUAAAAAAUAGUAUAGUAUGGUGAAAAUAUCACAGUAUGGUAUAAUAAAAAUGUCACAGUAUAAGAUGAAUAAAAUGUCACAGUAAAGUAAGUUAAAAAAUCAAAGUUAAGUAUUAUAAAACACAACACACAUAAAAAUAUAGUAUAGUUUGAUUAAAAAAAUGUCAUAGAAUAGUAUAAUAAAAAUAUCAUAGUAAAGUAUCAUCAAAUUAUUAUAUUAUAGAAUGAAAGAAAUGUCAUAGUUUAGUUUGUAAAAAAACAUAGUCAAGUAUGUUUAAAUUCCAUAGUAUAGUUAGAUAAAUAUGUCGUACUAUGGUAUUAUUAAAAUAUCAUGAAAUAGUAUAAUAAAAUAUCAUAUAGUAUGAUACAAUUUGUUAUAGUAUAGUAUGUCACAAAAUGUUAUAGUAUAGUAUGUUAAAAAAGUCAAAAAAUGGGUAAAAAAUAACAGUAUAGUAUAAAAAAAAUGUCAUAGUAUAGUAUGUUAAGAAAAAACAGUAUAGUAUGAUAAGAAAAAUCAUAUUAUAAUAUGAUGACAAAUGUUAAAGUAUAGCAUGACAAAAUAUGUCAUAGUACAGUUUGAUAAAAAAUGUCAUACUCUGGUAUGAUGAAAAAUGUCAUAGUAUAGUACAAUAAAAAAUAUCAUAGUAUAGUACAAUAAAAAACACCAUAGUUUAGUUUGAUAAAAAAUUUCAUAGUAUAGAAUGAUAAACAAUGUCAUAGUAUAGUAUGUUUAAAAAAAUGUCAUAGUAUAGUACAAUAAAAAAUGUUAGUUUAGCAUAUUAAAAAUAUACUAAUGUUUGUCAAAAAAUUGUCACAGUAUGGUAUGAUGAAAAAUUGUCAUUGUAUAGAACAUUAAACAAUGUCAUCGUAUAAUAUGAUGAAUAAUGUCAUCGUAUAGUAUGAUGAAUAAUGUCAUAGUAUAGUAUGUUGUAAUAAUGUCAUUGUAAUUUAUGGUAAAAAGAUUAUAGUAUAGAAUGAUAAAAAUGUCACUGUAUAUUUGAUAGAAAUAUCAUAGUUUAAUAUGAUUCAAUUUCAUAGUAAAGUAUUUAAAAAUGCCAUAGUAUAAUAUGAUAAAAAAAUACUGUGGUAUGGUAUAAAAAAAAAACCUGAUAGUAUAGUAUUAUAAAAACGUCACAGUAUAGUAGGAUAAAAAAUGUUAUAGUAUAGUAUGUUAAAAGAUAUAAUAAUAUAGUAUGGUAAAAAAAAAAAAGUCAUAGUGUAGUAUGUUAAAAAAAUAUCAGCAGAGUAUGUUAAAAAACGUCACAGUUUACUAUAAUAAAAAAUAUCUUAGCAUAGUGUUUGUCAUAGUAUAAUUUAAUAAAAAUGUUAUAGUAUAGUAUGUUAAAAAAUGCAAAAGGAAAAUAUGUUAAAAAAUGUCAGAAUAGUAUGUAAAAAAAAUAGUAAGAGUAUAGCACGAUAAAAACUAUAGCACAGUAUGUUAAAAACAUCAAGAUUUCCUUACUACUGGCGUCUCUGAGGUCUCUUUGCAGUAAUGCCACCAAACAGUCUCUGUUUGGCCUCUGCCUACCUUCCCCCUCACCUGCACUUGCUGCACUUCACCUGCCCUGCUGUGACUCUCCAGUGGGAGGGACAAACCUCUGCAACAUAACCUAAACAGUCACAAAAAAAUUGUAAAAGAAAAAACCCUCAAGGCUGCCCUAACAAUAAUAAUAAAAAUUAAUUCCUGCAAAUUCAAUAGGGCUCUCGCCCACUGCUUGCAGCAUCGGCUUGGGCCCUAAAUACUCAUAUGAAAGUCUGAAGAAAAGAAAUUUUGAUGUAAAUUAGUAAAUUUUGUUCAUUUGACCCACAAUCAAAGUCUGAGACUCAAAAUCUCACCCACACACACAUAUAUGACCACCACUGUGUGACUGACUAACAGUCCUCAUUAUUAUUCACAUCAGAUCCCUGUCAUCUCCAUUAAACAGCCCGUCUUCCUGCUCUACAUCAGAGUAUGUGGUUGUUUUUAUUUUGAAGCGUCUGGUUUCAUGGAAGUGGAAAAAGUCGGACUUUAAUGGCUUUUCAUUUCAGAGCUGCAGGCAAUAAACACUCAACAUUUGGCAGAGUGCGUGGAUGUCACUCAUAUCCACUUUAUAUGAGAUUGAAAUUUGCUACAGAAUGUCAUUGAGCCUGUCUUAUAAAUGUGUUUAACUCUUUCUGCUCCAGGCUGGCCUUUACAGUCACACAUAAUAUAUCAGGUAUAUCACAUCUGACAGACAGACUGAAGCCUGGAGGAAAGUUUCACCACAGAGACGUGAAUUUCAAGAGCUUUAACCAAGAAGUGCAUUCAGAGGGGGUAAUAUAAUCCAUGAGUUCACAUGUUUUUUACACUCUGGACACCAGGGAAGUCAAACUGUUUAAAUGGAGACAUGGCUGAAAAAGAAAAACCUGCAUGAGUGCCUAGGAGUCAUUCUUUGAUUUUACAACUAGAGGAUGACAUUUUGAAUCUUUAAACUUUUGCAGAGGAAUAGCAACAAAUGUCUUUUAAAGACAAAAACACCUUUCAGUUCCCACAUUUAUGAUGUCUUUUCUCUUAUUUCAAUUACUCAAGAGGUUUGUACGGCUGCCUAGUCCAGGUUUACACUGUAGAGAAUAGAAGGUCCACACGAAUGAUCAUUUUGACAAGCUUUACUGAUUGCAGAUCUGGGUUAGAGCUUCAUCACGCCACAAGUGUAACAAAGACUGGUUUGAGACUGUUGAAGUAUAUAUAGCCAUCUAUGUUUCCAAACAUCCUACUUAAAUCUUUUUGACCUGAAGGAGAGUCCAUGUAGGGUUAUAAAAAACCACAACAGUGAUGUUAAACAUGUGUACAAUGUCCUUGUUGAGGAUGAUUGUCGGAGGCCCAUGGCUCCAGAAAUCUAGAACCAAAGUAUCCAUGGUAUUUGACUUACACAGCUCCGCCACCCUAAAGGAUGACGACUGGCAAAUGAAAAUCAUCCUAAAAAGGUUUUAAUGAUUUGCAGAUGACACACUCCUCUGAUACAGGCUGAAAUAAACUGUAUCUACCUGUCCAUCCUGACUCCUCCUUUCCUUCCCUUCAGGAUUCCCUGUGUUCUCCUCAGCUCAUCAUGGAAGAAGAGGGGCUGAGUAGAUUGGCUCACACCGUCCAGGUGCUGGUCGACCUGAACGACGGCCUUCAGCGGAGCCAAAAACAGGAAACACCUGGAGCUGCUGGCUCAACACAAUGUUAGCAACUGCAGCUGUAGAGAUUUCAAAAGGAUCACACUGAAAAUAUCACUUUAGGACCAAUUCUUGUUUUUAACAGUUAUUCAUAUUUCCAACAUAAAAUUCAUGAAACAAUAAAAAAAAAAUUUUGGUUUGACUUCA